AAGUAGACUUAAAAAUGCAGUUAUUAAUCGGUUUUUGGAUAACUCUCGCAUUUGUUAUUUAUAUUUUCGCAGGACACAUCUAUAAUCCAAAACGAAUACUUCGCGUAAAGGAUCCAGAUUUAAAUCUGAACUUUGGCUUCUUCUUAUAUUUAUUAAAGCCAUUGGCUUCGCACGAUGGAUGUUUUGCUGAUUAUGAUAAUACGAGGUUAACCAACCGAUAUAGAAAAAUGACCGAAGUGUCAUUUAAUAAUAAAUACAAUCAAACAUGCCGUCUACACUACAUUCCCUAUCAUAAAUUCAUUAAGUCAAAGAUUACUUCAGAAACCAAAAAUAAAAGUAACUAUCGGACGCUCUUCUUAAAUACGAUUCUUAGCUGGCGGAAUGGAGUCUUCAACCUUUUCCCAGCUUGGAACUAUAACUUAUUUUGGGUGCAAAAUCCCCAAAUUGAAUGCGAACAUAUUCAAACAUUGAGCAGUACAAAGAGGAGAAUUGUUGAUUACAAAUUAUGGAAAUCAAAGGAGCUAAAAAUGGCUAAUAUAGGGUUUCGCCUUAACUCAAAAAUACUACGGUUCUUUUUAUUGAUUCUAAGACGAAAGAUUUCAUUAUUAAACACGCCUCGAGGACUCAAGAAGAAAAGUAUGGAAAAAGCUGAAUUUUUCGAAUAUUUGUCGGCAACCGAAACACCCGAACUUUUUGAUAAUUUAGAUCAUUUAGAAAAUAACAGAAAACUAAAUUUCGCUUCACAAGAAGUAUUGGAAAUACAUAAUCAGGCUAAUUUUAAAGAUAAACAUAUAUAUGUAUGGAAAAACUUAACAAGAUACAUAAGCAACGAUAAUAAUUUAAACCAUACUGUUACAAAAGUAAACAUCAGCGAUUACCAAUCAAAAAAUAAAAAAUCGAUUAACCCCAUUGAGGAUAUUUUACCUUCACCAUUUACAAAAACGUAUAACUUAGGAAGAUUCGCCAGAAACCAAGGAUUGUUACAAAUGGAAAAGACUCCAAUAAUCAGGGCAAAGAUAAAUCUUUCAAGUUCGGACUCAACAUCAACUUGUGAAUUAUGCUCUGAAACAUUAGAUGAAACAACAAAUCCUUUCGAUUCUGCGGAAACAUGCGAGGAAUGUGUUUCUCUAGCCUCAAAUAUUUUUGAAGAGUACACUGAAAGUAAUGAUGAAUUCCUUUCUUCCUCAUCGGAGGAAGCUUGUGAGGAAUGCUCUGACAUUGUGUCACCAAGUGCUAGUAUAAAAUAUCCCAUAAGUAUAUAUAACACAACAACAAUGGGUUCGACAAUUUUAGAAAGAACGAUAAUCAUAUUUGGCUACUUUACAGAAAUAAUAACAAUGAUCAUAUUUGAAUUUGAAACAAUAACAUUCAGCGACGCUCCGGAACCAAACUCAGAUAUAACUGGAUAUACAUCAACCGAAUGCAUAAAAUGUUCAGAGCUAACAACCACUGUACCUAUUGAAACCACUAUUGAACGAACGAAACUAUCAGAAACUCCACUUCAGAAACUCCAAUUUUCGACUCCUAAGAAAUCAACAAAUCGUUUUGCAUCUGUACUUCAGUUAAAUGCAGUAACAGACAGUUCUAUCAAAGUUUUGAAUACGAAAACCGAUCAAUUUGAUACGGAAGAAGAAACGAGUCUUUCGGAAUUUCUACCAGAGUGGCCUACAGUACUCGGCAGUUCACUACAAUUUUCGACGAUUGAAACUCAGCCAAGUACGAACAACGGUCAAUUGACCCACACCGAAAAAACGACAUUAUCAAAAUCCAUUAACCACAUAAAACACCAUAAAAUCAAUUUAGGACAAAAUGCAGAGGCAGCAUCCCACUUUAAUAUACAGCCAGGUGCUCUACACACAAUAUCGACCACAGGAGGGUAUCAUCCAACAGUAAAAAAGAAGCAGUCAGAAACUUUACCCCUGCUAAGUACAAAAUCGAUAAGUCUUAAUAUGUGCGAUUGCACUUGCAAAUUGGAAAUAGCCAAAGAUUCGUGUAUAUGCGAAUGCAACCUUAAAAAAAGCACUUCAGAUAUCUCGAAAGGUGUAACGGCAAGUGCAUCUAACCAGUCAUUACCCACAGAAACGAAUCGAAAACUCCACAGCAUGAAAGAUUAUGCUCCAAAUGGUACUUCUUUACUAACCAAUGCUAGUCCAGAACCUUUCACUAUUGACGAUGUAACAUAUAAAGGAAAUUUAGCUGGUAAAAAAACCACAAUGCCAUCGGAGCUUUCAUCCUUAAAAAAGAUAGAGCCGGUAAAAACACAUGAUGUUUGCGAAUGCACUUGCCUUUUAGAACAAGGAAAUGACUCGUGUACAUGCAACUGCAUGACAGAUUUUAUUUCGACAUCCAUACAAAUUUCGAGUACAGGACCAGAUCAAAUAUCCCAAAACAAAAUGGGAAAUCAAUCGCAAUCUGUUCCUCUAUUGAACACAGAAUUUAGUGACCUUAUGAAAAUUUCAACCACAUACAAAAUGCAUCAAACCCAAAACGAUAUCGAAAAGCUAUCAAAAUCUCCACCCGUAUUGAGUACAACGUCUAGUGGUCUACCAAAAUGGCCGACCACAAGAACGCUAGAGAAAAAGAAGCAACAGUCAAAGUCUUUACCUUCCUUAAGUACAAUAUCAAACUUUCAUUUUGAAAAAUCAAAUUUUCAUGGCUGUGAUUGUACUUGCCAAUUGGAAUUAGGAAGAGACUCGUGUAUCUGCGAAUGCAACUUUAAAGAAAGCACUUCAGACGUCUCGACAAGUAGAUCUAAUCAGCCAUUACCCACAAAACUCCACAGUGUGAAAGAUAAUGCCCCACAUUCACUCACAAAUGCGAAUCCAGAAUCUUUAACUAGUAAAGACCUCACAACUAAGGGAAAUGGUGUUACUGAUAAUAAAAUCACAACGCUAUCAAAGCUUUCAUCAGAUAAUGUUUGCGAAUGCACUUGCCUAUUGGAACAAGGAAAUGACUCGUGUACCUGCAACUGUAUGACAGAUACCAAUUCUAUUGACGAAUCAAUCUUAACAGCAAGCCAAAUAGUGUCAAGCGAAGAUCUUCAGUACUCCUCAAAUCCACCUUCAUAUAAAAGUACGCAAGAAAAUACAAAUACCAAAGGAAAAAAUAAAAAUCUGUCAACAUUAUUACAAAUAUCGAGUACAGGACCAUAUCAAAUAUACCAAAGCGAAAUUGGAAAUCAAUCGCAAUAUGUUCCUCCUUCGAGCACACUAUUCAGUGAUAUAACCAAAAUUUCAAACACAGACAAAGAUCACCCGACUCUUGACGAAGAAGAAAAUAUAUCAAAAUCUCCACUCCAUUUGAGUACAACUUCUAGUAGCCUACCAAAAAUACAGAUCACUGGAGUAAGCCAUUUACCCUUCCUAAGUACAAUAUCAAACAUUAAAUUUGAACAAUCAAGUUUUCAUGGCUGUGAUUGUACUUGCCAAUUGGAAAUAGGAAAAGACUCGUGUAUCUGUGAAUGCAACCUUAAAGAAAGCACAUCAGAAGGCUUAAAAAGUGUUACAGCAAGUUCACUUUAUAUUUAUCUCCCGCAGUCAAGUACAACAGCACACAGUUUACUUACAGAUUUGAGUGCAGAAAAUCAAACAAAUCAAGAGGAGACAUCGGAACUUUCAGAAUCCUUACCUCAAUUAACAACAGAAGAAAGCAGUUCAUUUCAAGAAUCCAGUGCAGAAGAAAAUCAAAUGACAGAAGUGCCAUGGACACUAACAACAUCACUUUCUCAAUCAAGUUCAAAAACAAAGAAUAUAUUUUCGAGUCUGAGUGUAAAUGAAGACAACAUUUCUCAAGAAGAUACAAGGACACUAUCAAUUUCUGUCCCGCAAUCAAUUGCAACAGCCAAUAGUUUACUUACAGGUUCGAGUGCAGAAGAGCACACAGCUCAAGAGGAGACAUCGGAACUUUCAAAAUCCUUACCUCAACUAACAACAGAAGAAAGCAGUUCAUUUCAAGAAUCCAGUGCAGAAGAAAAUCAAAUGACAGAAGUGCCAUGGACACUAACAACAUCACUUUCUCAAUCAAGUUCAAAAACAAAGAAUAUAUUUUCGAGUCUGAGUGUAAAUGAAGACAACAUUUCUCAAGAAGAUACAAGGACACCAUCAAUUUCUGUCCCGCAAUCAAUUGCAACAGCCAAUAGUUUACUUACAGGUUCGAGUGCAGAAGAGCAAACAGCUCAAGAGGAGACAUCGGAACUUUCAAAAUCCUUACCUCAAUUAACAACAGAAGAAAGCAGUUCAUUUCAAGAAUCCAGUGCAAAGGAAAAUCAUAUGACAGAAGUGUCAUGGACACUAUCAACAUCACUUUCUCAAUCAAGUUCAAAAACAAAGAAUAUAUUUUCGAGUCAGAGUGUAAAUGACGACAACAUUUCUCAAGAAGAUACAAGGACACCAUCAAUUUCUGUCCCGCAAUCAAUUGCAACAGCCAAUAGUUUACUUACAGGUUCGAGUGCAGAAGAGCAAACAGCUCAAGAGGAGACAUCGGAACUUUCAAAAUCCUUACCUCAAUUAACAACAGAAGAAAGCAGUUCAUUUCAAGAAUCCAGUGCAGAAGAAAAUCAAAUGACAGAAGUGCCAUGGACACUAACAACAUCACUUUCUCAAUCAAGUUCAAAAACAAAGAAUAUAUUUUCGAGUCUGAGUGUAAAUGAAGACAAAACUUCUCAAGAAGAUACAAGGACACUAUCAAUUUCUGUCCCACAAUCAAUUGCAACAGCCAAUAGUUUACUUACAGGUUCGAGUGCAGAAGAGCAAACAGCUCAAGAGGAGACAUCGGAACUUUCAGAAUCCUUACCUCAAUUAACAACAGAAGAAAGCAGUUCAUUUCAAGAAUCCAGUGCAAAGGAAAAUCAUAUGACAGAAGUGCCAUGGACACUAUCAACAUCACUUUCUCAAUCAAGUUCAAAAACAAAGAAUAUAUUUUCGAGUCAGAGUGUAAAUGAAGACAACAUUUCUCAAGAAGAUACAAGGACACUAUCAAUUUCUGUCCCACAAUCAAUUGCAACAACCAAUAGUUUACUUACAGGUUCGAGUGCAGAAGAGCAAACAGCUCAAGAGGAGACAUCGGAACUUUCAAAAUCCUUACCUCAAUUAACAACAGAAGAAAGCAGUUCAUUUCAAGAAUCCAGUGCAGAAGAAAAUCAAAUGACCGAAGUGCCAUGGACACUAUCAACAUCACUUUCUAAAUCAAGUUCAAAAACAGAGAAUAUAUUUUCGAGUCAGAGUGUAAAUGAAGACAACAUUUCUCAAGAAGAUACAAGGACACCAUCAAUUUCUGUCCCGCAAUCAAUUGCAACAGCCAAUAGUUUACUUACAGGUUCGAGUGCAGAAGAGCAAACAGCUCAAGAGGAGACAUCGGAACUUUCAAAAUCCUUACCUCAAUUAACAACAGAAGAAAGCAGUUCAUUUCAAGAAUCCAGUGCAGAAGAAAAUCAAAUGACAGAAGUGCCAUGGACACUAACAACAUCACUUUCUCAAUCAAGUUCAAAAACAAAGAAUAUAUUUUCGAGUCAGAGUGUAAAUGAAGACAACAUUUCUCAAGAAGAUACAAGGACACCAUCAAUUUCUGUCCCGCAAUCAAUUGCAACAGCCAAUAGUUUACUUACAGGUUCGAGUGCAGAAGAGCAAACAGCUCAAGAGGAGACAUCGGAACUUUCAGAAUCCUUACCUCAAUUAACAACAGAAGAAAGCAGUUCAUUUCAAGAAUCCAGUGCAAAGGAAAAUCAUAUGACAGAAGUGCCAUGGACACUAUCAACAUCACUUUCUAAAUCAAGUUCAAAAACAAAGAAUAUAUUUUCGAGUCUGAGUGUAAAUGAAGACAACAUUUCUCAAGAAGAUACAAGGACACCAUCAAUUUCUGUCCCGCAAUCAAUUGCAACAGCCAAAAGUUUACUUACAGGUUCGAGUGCAGAAGAGCAAACAGCUCAAGAGGAGACAUCGGAACUUUCAAAAUCCUUACCUCAAUUAACAACAGAAGAAAGCAGUUCAUUUCAAGAAUCCAGUGCGUGCAGUGCAGGUUCGAGUGCAGAAGAGCAAACAGCUCAAGAGGAAACAUCAGAACUUUCAAAAUCCUUACCUCAAUUAACAACAGAAGAAAGCAGUUCAUUUCAAGAAUCCAGUGCAGAAGAAAAUCAAAUGACAGAAGUGCCAUGGACACUAUCAACAUCACUUUCUCAAUCAAGUUCAAAAACAAAGAAUAUAUUUUCGAGUCAGAGUGUAAAUGAAGACAACAUUUCUCAAGAAGAUACAAGGACACCAUCAAUUUCUGUUCCACAAUCAAUUGCAACAGCCAAUAGUUUACUUACAGGUUCGAGUGCAGAAGAGCAAACAGCUCAAGAGGAGACAUCGGAACUUUCAAAAUCCUUACCUCAAUUAACAACAGAAGAGAGCAGUUCACUUCAAGAAUCCAGUGCAGAAGAAAAUGAAAUGACAGAAGUGCCAUGGACACUAUCAACAUCACUUUCUCAAUCAAGUUCAAAAACAAAGAAUAUAUUUUCGAGUCAGAGUGUAAAUGAAGACAACAUUUCUCAAGAAGAUACAAGGACACCAUCAAUUUCUGUUCCACAAUCAAUUGCAACAGCCAAUAGUUUACUUACAGGUUCGAGUGCAGAAGAGCAAACAGCUCAAGAGGAGACAUCGGAACUUUCAAAAUCCUUACCUCAAUUAACAACAGAAGAAAGCAGUUCAUUUCAAGAAUCCAGUGCAGAAGAAAAUCAAAUGACAGAAGUGCCAUGGACACUAACAACAUCACUUUCUCAAUCAAGUUCAAAAACAAAGAAUAUAUUUUCGAGUCAGAGUGUAAAUGAAGACAACAUUUCUCAAGAAGAUACAAGGACACCAUCAAUUUCUGUCCCGCAAUCAAUUGCAACAGCCAAUAGUUUACUUACAGGUUCGAGUGCAGAAGAGCAAACAGCUCAAGAGGAGACAUCGGAACUUUCAGAAUCCUUACCUCAAUUAACAACAGAAGAAAGCAGUUCAUUUCAAGAAUCCAGUGCAAAGGAAAAUCAUAUGACAGAAGUGCCAUGGACACUAUCAACAUCACUUUCUAAAUCAAGUUCAAAAACAAAGAAUAUAUUUUCGAGUCUGAGUGUAAAUGAAGACAACAUUUCUCAAGAAGAUACAAGGACACCAUCAAUUUCUGUCCCGCAAUCAAUUGCAACAGCCAAAAGUUUACUUACAGGUUCGAGUGCAGAAGAGCAAACAGCUCAAGAGGAGACAUCGGAACUUUCAAAAUCCUUACCUCAAUUAACAACAGAAGAAAGCAGUUCAUUUCAAGAAUCCAGUGCAGAAGAAAAUCAAAUGACCGAAGUGCCAUGGACACUAUCAACAUCACGUUCUCAAUCAAGUUCAAAAACAAAGAAUAUAUUUUCGAGUCAGAGUGUAAAUGACGACAACAUUUCUCAAGAAGAUACAAGGACACUAUCAAUUUCUGUCCCACAAUCAAUUGCAACAACCAAUAGUUUACUUACAGGUUCGAGUGCAGAAGAGCAAACAGCUCAAGAGGAGACAUCGGAACUUUCAAAAUCCUUACCUCAAUUAACAACAGAAGAAAGCAGUUCAUUUCAAGAAUCCAGUGCAGAAGAAAAUCAAAUGACAGAAGUGCCAUGGACACUAACAACAUCACUUUCUCAAUCAAGUUCAAAAACAAAGAAUAUAUUUUCGAGUCAGAGUGUAAAUGAAGACAACAUUUCUCAAGAAGAUACAAGGACACCAUCAAUUUCUGUCCCGCAAUCAAUUGCAACAGCCAAUAGCUUACUUGCAGGUUCGAGUGCAGAAGAGCAAACAGCUCAAGAGGAGACAUCGGAACUUUCAAAAUCCUUACCUCAAUUAACAACAGAAGAAAGUAGUUCAUUUCAAAAAUUCAGUGCAGAAGAAAAUCAAAGUUCAAAAACAAAGAAUAUAUUUUCGAGUCAGAGUGUAAAUGAAGACAACAUUUCUCAAGAAGAUACAAGGACACUACCAAUUUCUGUCCCACAAUCAAGUACAACAGCAAAUAGAUUACUUACAGGUUCGAUUGCAGAAGAGCAAACAGCUCAAGAGGAGACAUCGGAACAUUCAAAAUCCUUACCUCAAUUAACAACAGAAGAGAGCAGUUCAUUUCAAGAAUCCAGUGCAGAAGAAAAUCAAAUGACAGAAGUGCCAUGGACACUAUCAACAUCACUUUCCCAAUCAAGUUCACAAGCAAAGAAUAUAUUUUCGAGUCAGAGCUUAAAUGAAGACAACAUUUCUCAAGAAGAUACAAGGACACCAUCAAUAUCUGUCCCACAAUCAAGUACAACAGCAAAUAGAUUACUUACAGGUUCGAGUGCAGAAGAGCCAACAGCUCAAGAGGAGACAUCGGAACUUUCAAAAUCCUUACCUCAAUUAACAACAGAAGAGAGCAGUUCAUUUCAAGAAUCCAGUGCAGAAGAAAAUCAAAUGACAGAAGUGCCAUGGACACUAUCAACAUCACUUUCCCAAUCAAGUUCAAAAACAAAGAAUAUAUUUUCGAGUCAAAGUGUAAAUGAAGACAACAUUUCUCAAGAAGAUACAAGGACACCAUCAAUAUCUGUCCCACAAUCAAGUACAACAGCAAAUAGAUUACUUACAGGUUCGAGUGCAGAAGAGCCAACAGCUCAAGAGGAGACAUCGGAACUUUCAAAAUCCUUACCUCAAUUAACAACAGAAGAGAGCAGUUCAUUUCAAGAAUCCAGUGCAGAAGAACAUCAAACGACAGAAGUGCCAUGGACACUAUCAACAUCACUUUCUCAAUCAAGUUCAGAACCAAAGAAUAUAUUUUCGAGUCAAAGUGUAAAUGAAGACAACAUUUCUCAAGAAGAUACAAGGACACUACCAAUUUCUGUCCCACAAUCAAGUACAACAGCAAAUAGAUUACUUACAGCCAAUAGUUUACUUACAGGUUCGAGUGCAGAAGAGCAAACAGCUCAAGAGGAGACAUCGGAACUUUCAGAAUCCUUACCUCAAUUAACAACAGAAGAAAGCAGUUCAUUUCAAGAAUCCAGUGCAAAGGAAAAUCAUAUGACAGAAGUGCCAUGGACACUAUCAACAUCACUUUCUAAAUCAAGUUCAAAAACAAAGAAUAUAUUUUCGAGUCUGAGUGUAAAUGAAGACAACAUUUCUCAAGAAGAUACAAGGACACUACCAAUUUCUGUCCCGCAAUCAAGUACAACAGCAAAUAGAUUACUUACAGGUUCGAUUGCAGAAGAGCAAACAGCUCAAGAGGAGACAUCGGAACAUUCAAAAUCCUUACCUCAAUUAACAACAGAAGAGAGCAGUUCAUUUCAAGAAUCCAGUGCAGAAGAACAUCAAACGACAGAAGUGCCAUGGACACUAUCAACAUCACUUUCUCAAUCAAGUUCAGAAGCAAAGAAUAUAUUUUCGAGUCAAAGUGUAAAUGAAGACAACAUUUCUCAAGAAGAUACAAGGACACCAUCAAUAUCUGUCCCACAAUCAAGUACAACAGCAAAUAGAUUACUUACAGGUUCGAGUGCAGAAGAGCCAACAGCUCAAGAGGAGACAUCGGAACUUUCAAAAUCCUUACCUCAAUUAACAACAGAAGAGAGCAGUUCAUUUCAAGAAUCCAGUGCAGAAGAACAUCAAACGACAGAAGUGCCAUGGACACUAUCAACAUCACUUUCUCAAUCAAGUUCAGAAGCAAAGAAUAUAUUUUCGAGUCAAAGUGUAAAUGAAGACAACAUUUCUCAAGAAGAUACAAGGACACUACCAAUUUCUGUCCCACAAUCAAGUACAACAGCAAAUAGAUUACUUACAGGUUCGAUUGCAGAAGAGCAAACAGCUCAAGAGGAGACAUCGGAACAUUCAAAAUCCUUACCUCAAUUAACAACAGAAGAGAGCAGUUCAUUUCAAGAAUCCAGUGCAGAAGAACAUCAAACGACAGAAGUGCCAUGGACACUAUCAACAUCACUUUCUCAAUCAAGUUCAGAAGCAAAGAAUAUAUUUUCGAGUCAAAGUGUAAAUGAAGACAACAUUUCUCAAGAAGAUACAAGGACACCAUCAAUAUCUGUCCCACAAUCAAGUACAACAGCAAAUAGAUUACUUACAGGUUCGAGUGCAGAAGAGCCAACAGCUCAAGAGGAGACAUCGGAACUUUCAAAAUCCUUACCUCAAUUAACAGCAGAAGAGAGCAGUUCAUUUCAAGAAUCCAGUGCAGAAGAAAAUCAAAUGACAGAAGUGCCAUGGACACUAUCAACAUCACUUUCCCAAUCAAGUUCAAAAACAAAGAAUAUAUUUUCGAGUCAAAGUGUAAAUGAAGACAACAUUUCUCAAGAAGAUACAAGGACACCAUCAAUAUCUGUCCCACAAUCAAGUACAACAGCAAAUAGAUUACUUACAGGUUCGAGUGCAGAAGAGCCAACAGCUCAAGAGGAGACAUCGGAACUUUCAAAAUCCUUACCUCAAUUAACAACAGAAGAGAGCAGUUCAUUUCAAGAAUCCAGUGCAGAAGAAAAUCAAAUGACAGAAGUGCCAUGGACACUAUCAACAUCACUUUCCCAAUCAAGUUCAAAAACAAAGAAUAUAUUUUCGAGUCAAAGUGUAAAUGAAGACAACAUUUCUCAAGAAGAUACAAGGACACCAUCAAUAUCUGUCCCACAAUCAAGUACAACAGCAAAUAGAUUACUUACAGGUUCGGGUGCAGAAGAGCCAACAGCUCAAGAGGAGACAUCGGAACUUUCAAAAUCCUUACCUCAAUUAACAACAGAAGAGAGCAGUUCAUUUCAAGAAUCCAGUGCAGAAGAAAAUCAAAUGACAGAAGUGCCAUGGACACUAUCAACAUCACUUUCUCAAUCAAGUUCAGAAGCAAAGAAUAUAUUUUCGAGUCAGAGUGUAAAUGAUGACAAAACUUCUCAAGAAGAUACAAGGACACCAUCAAUUUCUGUCCCACAAUCAAGUACAACAGCAAAUAGAUUACUUACAGGUUCGAGUGCAGAAGAGCCAACAGCUCAAGAGGAGACAUCGGAACAUUCAAAAUCCUUACCUCAAUUAACAACAGAAGAGAGCAGUUCAUUUCAAGAAUCCAGUGCAGAAGAACAUCAAACGACAGAAGUGCCAUGGACACUAUCAACAUCACCUUCUCAAUCAAGUUCAAAAACAAAGAAUAUAUUUUCGAGUCAAAGUGUAAAUGAAGACAAAAUUUCUCAAGAAGAUACAAGGACACUAUCAAUUUCUGUCUCACAAUCAAGUACAACAGCAAAUAGAUUACUUACAGGUUCGAUUGCAGAAGAGCAAACAGCUCAAGAGGAGACAUCGGAACUUUCAAAAUCCUUACCUCAAUUAACAACAGAAGAAAGCAGUUCAUUUCAAAAAUCCAGUGCAGAAGAAAAUCAAAUGACAGAAGUGCCAUGGACACUAUCAACAUCACUUUCUCAAUCAAGUUCAGAAGCAAAGAAUAUAUUUUCGAGUCAGAGUGUAAAUGAUGACAAAACUUCUCAAGAAGAUACAAGGACACCAUCAAUUUCUGUCCCACAAUCAAGUACAACAGCCAAUAGCUUACUUACAGGUUCGAGUGCAGAAGAGCAAACAGCUCAAGAGGAGACAUCGGAACUUUCAAAAUCCUUACCUCAAUUAACAACAGAAGAAAGCAGUUCAUUUCAAAAAUCCAGUGCAGAAGAACAUCAAACGACAGAAGUGCCAUGGACACUAUCAACAUCACCUUCUCAAUCAAGUUCAAAAACAAAGAAUAUAUUUUCGAGUCAAAGUGUAAAUGAAGACAAAAUUUCUCAAGAAGAUACAAGGACACUAUCAAUUUCUGUCUCACAAUCAAGUACAACAGCAAAUAGAUUACUUACAGGUUCGAUUGCAGAAGAGCAAACAGCUCAAGAGGAGACAUCGGAACUUUCAAAAUCCUUACCUCAAUUAACAACAGAAGAAAGCAGUUCAUUUCAAAAAUCCAGUGCAGAAGAAAAUCAAAUGACAGAAGUGCCAUGGACACUAUCAACAUCACUUUCUCAAUCAAGUUCAGAAGCAAAGAAUAUAUUUUCGAGUCAGAUUGUAAAUGAAGACAAAACUUCUCAAGAAGAUACAAGGACACCAUCAAUAUCUGUCCCACAAUCAAGUACAACAGCCAAUAGUUUACUUACAGGUUCGAGUGCAGAAGAGCAAACAGCUCAAGAGGAGACAUCGGAACUUUCAAAAUCCUUACCUCAAUUAACAACAGAAGAAAGCAGUUCAUUUCAAAAAUCCAGUGCAGAAGAAAAUCAAAUGACCGAAGUGCCAUGGACAGUAUCAACAUCACUUUCUCAAUCAAGUUCAAAAACAAAGAAUAUAUUUUCGAGUCAGAGUGUAAAUGAAGACAAAACUUCUCAAGAAGAUACAAGGACACUUUCAAUUUCUGUCCCACAAUCAAUUGCAACAGCCAAUAGUUUACUUACAGGUUCGAGUGCAGAAGAGCAAACAGCUCAAGAGGAGACAUCGGAAGAUUCAAAAUCCUUACCUCAAUUAACAACAGAAGAGAGCAGUUCAUUUCAAGAAUCCAGUGCAGAAGAAAAUCAAACGACAGAAGUGCCAUGGACACUAUCAACAUCACUUUCCCAAUCAAGUUCAAAAACAAAGAAUAUAUUUUCGAGUCAAAGUGUAAAUGAAGACAACAUUUCUCAAGAAGAUACAAGGACACCAUCAAUAUCUGUCCCACAAUCAAGUACAACAGCAAAUAGAUUACUUACAGGUUCGAGUGCAGAAGAGCCAACAGCUCAAGAGGAGACAUCGGAACUUUCAAAAUCCUUACCUCAAUUAACAACAGAAGAGAGCAGUUCAUUUCAAAAAUCCAGUGCAGAAGAAAAUCAAAUGACAGAAGUGCCAUGGACACUAUCAACAUCACUUUCUCAAUCAAGUUCAGAAGCAAAGAAUAUAUUUUCGAGUCAGAUUGUAAAUGAAGACAAAACUUCUCAAGAAGAUACAAGGACACCAUCAAUAUCUGUCCCACAAUCAAGUACAACAGCCAAUAGUUUACUUACAGGUUCGAGUGCAGAAGAGCAAACAGCUCAAGAGGAGACAUCGGAACUUUCAAAAUCCUUACCUCAAUUAACAACAGAAGAGAGCAGUUCAUUUCAAGAAUCCAGUGCAGAAGAAAAUCAAACGACAGAAGUGCCAUGGACAGUUUUAACAUCACUUUCUCAAUCAAGUUCAAAAACAAAGAAUAUAUUUUCGAGUCAGAGUGUAAAUGAAGACAAAACUUCUCAAGAAGAUACAAGGACACUACCAAUUUCUGUCCCACAAUCAAUUGCAACAGCCAAUAGUUUACUUACAGGUUCGAGUGCAGAAGAGCAAACAGCUCAAGAGGAGACAUCGGAACUUUCAAAAUCCUUACCUCAAUUAACAACAGAAGAGAGCAGUUCAUUUCAAGAAUCCAGUGCAGAAGAAAAUCAAAUGACCGAAGUGCCAUGGACAGUAUCAACAUCACUUUCUCAAUCAAGAUCAAAAACAAAGAAUAUAUUUUCGAGUCAGAGUGUAAAUGAAGACAAAACUUCUCAAGAAGAUACAAGGACACUUUCAAUUUCUGUCCCACAAUCAAUUGCAACAGCCAAUAGUUUACUUACAGGUUCGAGUGCAGAAGAGCAAACAGCUCAAGAGGAGACAUCGGAACUUUCAAAAUCCUUACCUCAAUUAACAACAGAAGAGAGCAGUUCAUUUCAAGAAUCCAGUGCAGAAGAAAAUCAAAUGACCGAAGUGCCAUGGACAGUAUCAACAUCACUUUCUCAAUCAAGAUCAAAAACAAAGAAUAUAUUUUCGAGUCAGAGUGUAAAUGAAGACAAAACUUCUCAAGAAGAUACAAGGACACCAUCAAUUUCUGUCCCACAAUCAAUUGCAACAGCCAAUAGUUUACUUACAGGUUCGAGUGCAGAAGAGCAAACAGCUCAAGAGGAGACAUCGGAACUUUCAAAAUCCUUACCUCAAUUAACAAGAGAAGAGAGCAGUUCAUUUCAAAAAUCCAGUGCAGAAGAACAUCAAACGACAGAAGUGCCAUGGACACUAUCAAUAUCACUUUCUCAAUCAAGUUUACAAGCAAAGAAUAUAUUUUCGAGUCCGAGUUUAAAUGAAGACAACAUUUCUCAAGAAGAUACAAGGACACUACCAAUUUCUGUCCCACAAUCAAUUGCAACAGCCCAUAGUUUACUUACAGGUUCGAGUGCAGAAGAGCAAACAGCUCAAGAGGAGACAUCGGAACAUUCAAAAUCCUUACCUCAAUUAACAACAGAAGAGAGCAGUUCAUUUCUAGAAUCCAGUGCAGAAGAAAAUCAAACGACUGAAGUGCCAUGGACACUAUCAACAUCACCUUCUCAAUCAAGUUCAAAAACCAAGAAUAUAUUUUCGAGUCAGAGUGUAAAUGAAGACAAAACUUCUCAAGAAGAUACAAGGACACUACCAAUUUCUGUCCCACAAUCAAUUGCAACAACCAAUAGUUUACUUACAGGUUCGAGUGCAGAAGAGCAAACAGCUCAAGAGGAGACAUCGGAACAUUCAAAAUCCUUACCUCAAUUAACAACAGAAGAGAGCAGUUCAUUUCUAGAAUCCAGUGCAGAAGAAAAUCAAACGACAGAAGUGCCAUGGACACUAUCAACAUCACUUUCUCAAUCAAGUUUACAAGCAAAGAAUAUAUUUUCGAGUCCGAGUUUAAAUGAAGACAACAUUUCUCAAGAAGAUACAAGGACACUACCAAUUUCUGUCCCACAAUCAAUUGCAACAGCCAAUAGUUUACUUACAGGUUCGAGUGCAGAAGAGCAAACAGCUCAAGAGGAGACAUCGGAACAUUCAAAAUCCUUACCUCAAUUAACAACAGAAGAGAGCAGUUCAUUUCAAGAAUCCAGUGCAGAAGAAAAUCAAACGACAGAAGUGCCAUGGACACUAUCAACAUCACUUUCUCAAUCAAGUUCACAAGCAAAGAAUAUAUUUUCGAGUCAGAGUUUAAAUGAAGACAAAACUUCUCAAGAAGAUACAAGGACACCAUCAAUUUCUGUCCCACAAUCAAUUGCAACAGCCCAUAGUUUACUUACAGGUUCGAGUGCAGAAGAGCAAACAGCUCAAGAGGAGACAUCGGAACAUUCAAAAUCCUUACCUCAAUUAACAACAGAAGAGAGCAGUUCAUUUCUAGAAUCCAGUGCAGAAGAAAAUCAAACGACUGAAGUGCCAUGGACACUAUCAACAUCACCUUCUCAAUCAAGUUCAAAAACCAAGAAUAUAUUUUCGAGUCAGAGUGUAAAUGAAGACAAAACUUCUCAAGAAGAUACAAGGACACUACCAAUUUCUGUCCCACAAUCAAUUGCAACAACCAAUAGUUUACUUACAGGUUCGAGUGCAGAAGAGCAAACAGCUCAAGAGGAGACAUCGGAACAUUCAAAAUCCUUACCUCAAUUAACAACAGAAGAGAGCAGUUCAUUUCUAGAAUCCAGUGCAGAAGAAAAUCAAACGACUGAAGUGCCAUGGACACUAUCAACAUCACCUUCUCAAUCAAGUUCAAAAACCAAGAAUAUAUUUUCGAGUCAGAGUGUAAAUGAAGACAAAACUUCUCAAGAAGAUACAAGGACACUACCAAUUUCUGUCCCACAAUCAAUUGCAACAGCCAAUAGUUUACUUACAGGUUCGAGUGCAGAAGAGCAAACAGCUCAAGAGGAGACAUCUAAACAUUCAAAAUCCUUACCUCAAUUAACAACAGAAGAGAGCAGUUCAUUUCAAGAAUCCAGUGCAGAAGAAAAUCAAACGACAGAAGUGCCAUGGACACUAUCAACAUCACCUUCUCAAUCAAGUUCAAAAACCAAGAAUAUAUUUUCGAGUCAGAGUGUAAAUGAAGACAAAACUUCUCAAGAAGAUACAAGGACACUACCAAUUUCUGUCCCACAAUCAAUUGCAACAACCAAUAGUUUACUUACAGGUUCGAGUGCAGAAGAGCAAACAGCUCAAGAGGAGACAUCGGAACAUUCAAAAUCCUUACCUCAAUUAACAACAGAAGAGAGCAGUUCAUUUCUAGAAUCCAGUGCAGAAGAAAAUCAAACGACAGAAGUGCCAUGGACACUAUCAACAUCACUUUCUCAAUCAAGUUUACAAGCAAAGAAUAUAUUUUCGAGUCCGAGUUUAAAUGAAGACAACAUUUCUCAAGAAGAUACAAGGACACUACCAAUUUCUGUCCCACAAUCAAUUGCAACAGCCAAUAGUUUACUUACAGGUUCGAGUGCAGAAGAGCAAACAGCUCAAGAGGAGACAUCGGAACAUUCAAAAUCCUUACCUCAAUUAACAACAGAAGAGAGCAGUUCAUUUCAAGAAUCCAGUGCAGAAGAAAAUCAAACGACAGAAGUGCCAUGGACACUAUCAACAUCACUUUCUCAAUCAAGUUCACAAGCAAAGAAUAUAUUUUCGAGUCAGAGUUUAAAUGAAGACAACAUUUCUCAAGAAGAUACAAGGACACCAUCAAUUUCUGUCCCACAAUCAAUUGCAACAGCCAAUAGUUUACUUACAGGUUCGAGUGCAGAAGAGCAAACAGCUCAAGAGGAGACAUCGGAACAUUCAAAAUCCUUACCUCAAUUAACAACAGAAGAGAGCAGUUCAUUUCAAAAAUCCAGUGCAGAAGAAAAUCAAAUGACAGAAGUGCCAUGGACACUAUCAACAUCACUUUCUCAAUCAAGUUCACAAGCAAAGAAUAUAUUUUCGAGUCAGAGUUUAAAUGAAGACAACAUUUCUCAAGAAGAUACAAGGACACCAUCAAUUUCUGUCCCACAAUCAAUUGCAACAGCCAAUAGUUUACUUACAGGUUCGAGUGCAGAAGAGCAAACAGCUCAAGAGGAGACAUCGGAACAUUCAAAAUCCUUACCUCAAUUAACAACAGAAGAGAGCAGUUCAUUUCAAGAAUCCAGUGCAGAAGAAAAUCAAACGACAGAAGUGCCAUGGACACUAUCAACAUCACCUUCUCAAUCAAGUUCAAAAACCAAGAAUAUAUUUUCGAGUCAGAGUGUAAAUGAAGACAAAACUUCUCAAGAAGAUACAAGGACACUACCAAUUUCUGUCCCACAAUCAAUUGCAACAACCAAUAGUUUACUUACAGGUUCGAGUGCAGAAGAGCAAACAGCUCAAGAGGAGACAUCGGAACAUUCAAAACCCUUACCUCAAUUAACAACAGAAGAGAGCAGUUCAUUUCUAGAAUCCAGUGCAGAAGAAAAUCAAACGACAGAAGUGCCAUGGACACUAUCAACAUCACUUUCUCAAUCAAGUUUACAAGGAAAGAAUAUAUUUUCGAGUCCGAGUUUAAAUGAAGACAACAUUUCUCAAGAAGAUACAAGGACACUACCAAUUUCUGUCCCACAAUCAAUUGCAACAGCCAAUAGUUUACUUACAGGUUCGAGUGCAGAAGAGCAAACAGCUCAAGAGGAGACAUCGGAACAUUCAAAAUCCUUACCUCAAUUAACAACAGAAGAGAGCAGUUCAUUUCAAGAAUCCAGUGCAGAAGAAAAUCAAAUGACAGAAGUGCCAUGGACACUAUCAACAUCACUUUCUCAAUCAAGUUCAAAAACAAAGAAUAUAUUUUCGAGUCAGAGUGUAAAUGAAGACAAAACUUCUCAAGAAGAUACAAGGACACUAUCAAUUUCUGUCCCACAAUCAAUUGCAACAGCCAAUAGUUUACUUACAGGUUCGAGUGCAGAAGAGCAAACAGCUCAAGAGGAGACAUCGGAAGAUUCAAAAUCCUUACCUCAAUUAACAACAGAAGAGAGCAGUUCAUUUCAAAAAUCCAGUGCAGAAGAAAAUCAAAUGACAGAAGUGCCAUGGACACUAUCAACAUCACUUUCUCAAUCAAGUUCACAAGCAAAGAAUAUAUUUUCGAGUCCGAGUUCAAAUGAAGACAACAUUUCUCAAGAAGAUACAAGGACACUACCAAUUUCUGUCCCACAAUCAAUUGCAACAGCCAAUAGUUUACUUACAGGUUCGAGUGCAGAAGAGCAAACAGCUCAAGAGGAGACAUCGGAACAUUCAAAAUCCUUACCUCAAUUAACAACAGAAGAGAGCAGUUCAUUUCAAGAAUCCAGUGCAGAAGAAAAUCAAAUGACAGAAGUGCCAUGGACAGUUUUAACAUCACUUUCUCAAUCAAGUUCAAUAACAAAGAAUAUAUUUUCGAGUCAAAGUGUAAAUGAAGACAAAACUUCUCAAGAAGAUACAAGGACACUAUCAAUUUCUGUCCCACAAUCAAUUGCAACAGCCAAUAGUUUACUUACAGGUUCGAGUGCAGAAGAGCAAACAGCUCAAGAGGAGACAUCGGAACUUUCAAACUCCUUACCUCAAUUAACAACAGAAGAAAGCAGUUCAUUUCAAAAAUCCAGUGCAGAAGAAAAUCAAAUGACAGAAGUGCCAUGGACACUAUCAACAUCACUUUCUCAAUCAAGUUCACAAGCAAAGAAUAUAUUUUCGAGUCAGAGUUUAAAUGAAGACAACAUUUCUCAAGAAGAUACAAGGACACCAUCAAUUUCUGUCCCACAAUCAAUUGCAACAGCCAAUAGUUUACUUACAGGUUCGAGUGCAGAAGAGCAAACAGCUCAAGAGGAGACAUCGGAACAUUCAAAAUCCUUACCUCAAUUAACAACAGAAGAGAGCAGUUCAUUUCAAAAAUCCAGUGCAGAAGAAAAUCAAAUGACAGAAGUGCCAUGGACACUAUCAACAUCACUUUCUCAAUCAAGUUCACAAGCAAAGAAUAUAUUUUCGAGUCAGAGUUUAAAUGAAGACAACAUUUCUCAAGAAGAUACAAGGACACCAUCAAUUUCUGUCCCACAAUCAAUUGCAACAGCCAAUAGUUUACUUACAGGUUCGAGUGCAGAAGAGCAAACAGCUCAAGAGGAGACAUCGGAACAUUCAAAAUCCUUAGCUCAAUUAACAACAGAAGAGAGCAGUUCAUUUCAAGAAUCCAGUGCAGAAGAAAAUCAAACGACAGAAGUGCCAUGGACACUAUCAACAUCACCUUCUCAAUCAAGUUCAAAAACCAAGAAUAUAUUUUCGAGUCAGAGUGUAAAUGAAGACAAAACUUCUCAAGAAGAUACAAGGACACUACCAAUUUCUGUCCCACAAUCAAUUGCAACAACCAAUAGUUUACUUACAGGUUCGAGUGCAGAAGAGCAAACAGCUCAAGAGGAGACAUCGGAACAUUCAAAAUCCUUACCUCAAUUAACAACAGAAGAGAGCAGUUCAUUUCAAGAAUCCAGCGCAGAAGAAAAUCAAAUGACAGAAGUGCCAUGGACACUAUCAACAUCACUUUCUCAAUCAAGUUUACAAGCAAAGAAUAUAUUUUCGAGUCCGAAUUUAAAUGAAGACAACAUUUCUCAAGAAGAUACAAGGACACUACCAAUUUCUGUCCCACAAUCAAUUGCAACAGCCAAUAGUUUACUUACAGAACCAAAGAAUAUAUUUUCGAGUCAGAGUUUAAAUGAAGACAACAUUUCUCAAGAAGAUACAAGGACACCAUCAAUAUCUGUCUCACAAUCAAGUACAACAGCAAAUAGAUUACUUACAGGUUCGAUUGCAGAAGAGCAAACAGCUCAAGAGGAGACAUCGGAACAUUCAAAAUCCUUACCUCAAUUAACAACAGAAGAGAGCAGUUCAUUUCAAGAAUCCAGUGCAGAAGAAAAUCAAACGACAGAAGUGCCAUGGACACUAUCAACAUCACCUUCUCAAUCAAGUUCAAAAACAAAGAAUAUAUUUUCGAGUCCGAGUUUAAAUGAAGACAACAUUUCUCAAGAAGAUACAAGGACACUACCAAUUUCUGUCCCACAAUCAAUUGCAACAGCCAAUAGUUUACUUACAGGUUCAAGUGCAGAAGAGCAAACAGCUCAAGAGGAGACAUCGGAACAUUCAAAAUCCUUACCUCAAUUAACAACAGAAGAGAGCAGUUCAUUUCAAGAAUCCAGUGCAGAAGAAAAUCAAAUGACAGAAGUGCCAUGGACACUAUCAACAUCACUUUCUCAAUCAAGUUCAGAACCAAAGAAUAUAUUUUCGAGUCAGAGUUUAAAUGAAGACAACAUUUCUCAAGAAGAUACAAGGACACUACCAAUUUCUGUCCCACAAUCAAUUGCAACAGCCAAUAGUUUACUUACAGGUUCGAGUGCAGAAGAGCAAACAGCUCAAGAGGAGACAUCGGAACAUUCAAAAUCCUUACCUCAAUUAACAACAGAAGAGAGCAGUUCAUUUCAAGAAUCCAGUGCAGAAGAAAAUCAAACGACAGAAGUGCCAUGGACACUAUCAACAUCACCUUCUCAAUCAAGUUCAAAAACAAAGAAUAUAUUUUCGAGUCCGAGUUUAAAUGAAGACAACAUUUCUCAAGAAGAUACAAGGACACUACCAAUUUCUGUCCCACAAUCAAUUGCAACAGCCAAUAGUUUACUUACAGGUUCGAGUGCUGAAGAGCAAACAGCUCAAGAGGAGACAUCGGAACGUUCAAAAUCCUUACCUCAAUUAACAACAGAAGAGAGCAGUUCAUUUCAAGAAUCCAGUGCAGAAGAAAAUCAAACGACGAAUCAAAGUGUAAAUGAAGACAAAACUUCUCAAGAAGAUACAAGGACACUAUCAAUUUCUGUCCCACAAUCAAUUGCAACAACCAAUAGUUUACUUACAGGUUCGAGUGCAGAAGAGCAAACAGCUCAAGAGGAGACAUCGGAAGAUUCAAAAUCCUUACCUCAAUUAACAACAGAAGAGAGCAGUUCAUUUCAAGAAUCCAGUGCAGAAGAAAAUCAAACGACAGAAGUGCCAUGGACACCAUCAACAUCACCUUCUCAAUCAAGUUCAAAAACAAAGAAUAUAUUUUCGAGUCAAAGUGUAAAUGAAGACAAAACUUCUCAAGAAGAUACAAGGACACUAUCAAUUUCUGUCCCACAAUCAAUUGCAACAACCAAUAGUUUACUUACAGGUUCGAGUGCAGAAGAGCAAACAGCUCAAGAGGAGACAUCGGAACAUUCAAAAUCCUUACCUCAAUUAACAACAGAAGAGAGCAGUUCAUUUCAAGAAUCCAGUGCAGAAGAAAAUCAAAUGACAGAAGUGCCAUGGACACUAUCAACAUCACUUUCUCAAUCAAGUUCAAAAACAAAGAAUAUAUUUUCGAGUCAAAGUGUAAAUGAAGACAAAACUUCUCAAGAAGAUACAAGGACACUAUCAAUUUCUGUCCCACAAUCAAUUGCAACAACCAAUAGUUUACUUACAGGUUCGAGUGCAGAAGAGCAAACAGCUCAAGAGGAGACAUCGGAAGAUUCAAAAUCCUUACCUCAAUUAACAACAGAAGAGAGCAGUUCAUUUCAAGAAUCCAGUGCAGAAGAAAAUCAAACGACAGAAGUGCCAUGGACACCAUCAACAUCACCUUCUCAAUCAAGUUCAAAAACAAAGAAUAUAUUUUCGAGUCAAAGUGUAAAUGAAGACAAAACUUCUCAAGAAGAUACAAGGACACUAUCAAUUUCUGUCCCACAAUCAAUUGCAACAACCAAUAGUUUACUUACAGGUUCGAGUGCAGAAGAGCAAACAGCUCAAGAGGAGACAUCGGAAGAUUCAAAAUCCUUACCUCAAUUAACAACAGAAGAGAGCAGUUCAUUUCAAAAAUCCAGUGCAGAAGAAAAUCAAAUGACAGAAGUGCCAUGGACACUAUCAACAUCACUUUCUCAAUCAAGUUCAGAACCAAAGAAUAUAUUUUCGAGUCAGAGUUUAAAUGAAGACAACAUUUCUCAAGAAGAUACAAGGACACUAUCAAUUUCUGUCCCACAACCAAUUGCAACAGCCAAUAGUUUACUUACAGGUUCGAGUGCAGAAGAGCAAACAGCUCAAGAGGAGAGAUCGGAACAUUCAAAAUCCUUACCUCAAUUAACAACAGAAGAGAGCAGUUCAUUUCAAGAAUCCAGUGCAGAAGAAAAUCAAAUGACAGAAGUGCCAUGGACACUAUCAACAUCACUUUCUCAAUCAAGUUCAAAAACAAAGAAUAUAUUUUCGAAUCAGAGUGUAAAUGAAGACAAAACUUCUCAAGAAGAUACAAGGACACUAUCAAUUUCUGUCCCACAAUCAAUUGCAACAACCAAUAGUUUACUUACAGGUUCGAGUGCAGAAGAGCAAACAGCUCAAGAGGAGACAUCGGAACUUUCAAAAUCCUUACCUCAAUUAACAACAGAAGAAAGCAGUUCAUUUCAAAAAUCCAGUGCAGAAGAAAAUCAAAUGACAGAAGUGCCAUGGACACUAUCAACAUCACUUUCUCAAUCAAGUUCAGAACCAAAGAAUAUAUUUUCGAGUCAGAGUUUAAAUGAAGACAACAUUUCUCAAGAAGAUACAAGGACACUACCAAUUUCUGUCCCACAAUCAAUUGCAACAGCCAAUAGUUUACUUACAGGUUCGAGUGCAGAAGAGCAAACAGCUCAAGAGGAGACAUCGGAACUUUCAAAAUCCUUACCUCAAUUAACAACAGAAGAGAGCAGUUCAUUUCAAGAAUCCAGUGCAGAAGAAAAUCAAACGACAGAAGUGCCAUGGACACUAUCAACAUCACUUUCUCAAUCAAGUUCAAAAACAAAGAAUAUAUUUUCGAGUCAGAGUGUAAAUGAAGACAAAACUUCUCAAGAAGAUACAAGGACACCAUCAAUAUCUGUCCCACAAUCAAGUGCAACAGCCAAUAGAUUACUUACAGGUUCGAGUGCAAAAGAGCAAACAGCUCAAGAGGAGACAUCGGAACAUUCAAAAUCCUUACCUCAAUUAACAACAGAAGAGAGCAGUUCAUUUCAAGAAUCCAGUGCAGAAGAAAAUCAAACGACAGAAGUGCCAUGGACACCAUCAACAUCACCUUCUCAAUCAAGUUCAAAAACAAAGAAUAUAUUUUCGAGUCAAAGUGUAAAUGAAGAAAAAACUUCUCAAGAAGAUACAAGGACACUAUCAAUUUCUGUCCCACAAUCAAUUGCAACAACCAAUAGUUUACUUACAGGUUCGAGUGCAGAAGAGCAAACAGCUCAAGAGGAGACAUCGGAAGAUUCAAAAUCCUUACCUCAAUUAACAACAGAAGAGAGCAGUUCAUUUCAAAAAUCCAGUGCAGAAGAAAAUCAAAUGACAGAAAAUAUAUUUUCGAGUCCGAGUUCAAAUGAAGACAACAUUUCUCAAGAAGAUACAAGGACACUACCAAUUUCUGUCCCACAAUCAAUUGCAACAGCCAAUAGUUUACUUACAGGUUCGAGUGCAGAAGAGCAAACAGCUCAAGAGGAGACAUCGGAACAUUCAAAAUCCUUACCUCAAUUAACAACAGAAGAGAGCAGUUCAUUUCAAGAAUCCAGUGCAGAAGAAAAUCAAAUGACAGAAGUGCCAUGGACAGUUUUAACAUCACUUUCUCAAUCAAGUUCAAUAACAAAGAAUAUAUUUUCGAGUCAAAGUGUAAAUGAAGACAAAACUUCUCAAGAAGAUACAAGGACACUAUCAAUUUCUGUCCCACAAUCAAUUGCAACAGCCAAUAGUUUACUUACAGGUUCGAGUGCAGAAGAGCAAACAGCUCAAGAGGAGACAUCGGAACUUUCAAACUCCUUACCUCAAUUAACAACAGAAGAAAGCAGUUCAUUUCAAAAAUCCAGUGCAGAAGAAAAUCAAAUGACAGAAGUGCCAUGGACACUAUCAACAUCACUUUCUCAAUCAAGUUCACAAGCAAAGAAUAUAUUUUCGAGUCCGAGUUCAAAUGAAGACAACAUUUCUCAAGAAGAUACAAGGACACUACCAAUUUCUGUCCCACAAUCAAUUGCAACAGCCAAUAGUUUACUUACAGGUUCGAGUGCAGAAGAGCAAACAGCUCAAGAGGAGACAUCGGAACAUUCAAAAUCCUUACCUCAAUUAACAACAGAAGAGCGCAGUUCAUUACAAGAAUCCAGCGCAGAAGAAAAUCAAAUGACAGAAGUGCCAUGGACACUAUCAACAUCACAAUUUCAAUCAAGUUCACAAGCAAAGAAUACAUUUUCGAGUCAGAGCUUAAAUGAAGACAAAACUUCUCAAGAAGAUACAAGGACACUAUCCAUUUCUGCCCCACAAUCAAGUACAACAGCAAAUAGAUUACUUACAGGUUCGAUUGCAGAAGAGCAAACAGCUCAAGAGGAGACAUCGGAACUUUCAAAAUCCUUACCUCAAUUAACAACAGAAGAAAGCAGUUCAUUUCAAAAAUCCAGUGCAGAAGAAAAUCAAAUGACAGAAGUGCCAUGGACAGUUUUAACAUCACUUUCUCAAUCAAGUUCAAUAACAAAGAAUAUAUUUUCGAGUCAAAGUGUAAAUGAAGACAAAACUUCUCAAGAAGAUACAAGGACACUAUCAAUUUCUGUCCCACAAUCAAUUGCAACAGCCAAUAGUUUACUUACAGGUUCGAGUGCAGAAGAGCAAACAGCUCAAGAGGAGACAUCGGAACUUUCAAACUCCUUACCUCAAUUAACAACAGAAGAAAGCAGUUCAUUUCAAAAAUCCAGUGCAGAAGAAAAUCAAAUGACAGAAGUGCCAUGGACACUAUCAACAUCACUUUCUCAAUCAAGUUCACAAGCAAAGAAUAUAUUUUCGAGUCCGAGUUCAAAUGAAGACAACAUUUCUCAAGAAGAUACAAGGACACUACCAAUUUCUGUCCCACAAUCAAUUGCAACAGCCAAUAGUUUACUUACAGGUUCGAGUGCAGAAGAGCAAACAGCUCAAGAGGAGACAUCGGAACAUUCAAAAUCCUUACCUCAAUUAACAACAGAAGAGAGCAGUUCAUUUCAAGAAUCCAGUGCAGAAGAAAAUCAAACGACAGAAGUGCCAUGGACACUAUCAACAUCACUUUCUCAAUCAAGUUCAAAAACAAAGAAUAUAUUUUCGAGUCAGAGUGUAAAUGAAGACAAAACUUCUCAAGAAGAUACAAGGACACUAUCAAUUUCUGUCCCACAAUCAAUUGCAACAACCAAUAGUUUACUUACAGGUUCGAGUGCAGAAGAGCAAACAGCUCAAGAGGAGACAUCGGAACAUUCAAAAUCCUUACCUCAAUUAACAACAGAAGAGAGCAGUUCAUUUCAAGAAUCCAGUGCAGAAGAAAAUCAAAUGACAGAAGUGCCAUGGACAGUUUUAACAUCACUUUCUCAAUCAAGUUCAAUAACAAAGAAUAUAUUUUCGAGUCAAAGUGUAAAUGAAGACAAAACUUCUCAAGAAGAUACAAGGACACUAUCAAUUUCUGUCCCACAAUCAUUUGCAACAACCAAUAGAUUACUUACAGGUUCGAGUGCAGAAGAGCAAACAGCUCAAGAGGAAACAUCGGAACAUUCAAAAUCCUUACCUCAAUUAACAACAGAAGAGCGCAGUUCAUUACAAGAAUCCAGCGCAGAAGAAAAUCAAAUGACAGAAGUGCCAUGGACACUAUCAACAUCACUUUCUCAAUCAAGUUCAAUAACAAAGAAUAUAUUUUCGAGUCAGAGUGUAAAUGAAGACAAAACUUCUCAAGAAGAUACAAGGACACUAUCAAUUUCUGUCCCACAAUCAUUUGCAACAGCCAAUAGUUUACUUACAGGUUCGAGUGCAGAAGAGCAAACAGCUCAAGAGGAGACAUCGGAACAUUCAAAAUCCUUACCUCAAUUAACAACAGAAGAGAGCAGUUCAUUUCAAGAAUCCAGUGCAGAAGAAAAUCAAAUGACAGAAGUGCCAUGGACAGUUUUAACAUCACUUUCUCAAUCAAGUUCAAUAACAAAGAAUAUAUUUUCGAGUCAAAGUGUAAAUGAAGACAAAACUUCUCAAGAAGAUACAAGGACACUAUCAAUUUCUGUCCCACAAUCAUUUGCAACAGCCAAUAGUUUACUUACAGGUUCGAGUGCAGAAGAGCAAACAGCUCAAGAGGAGACAUCGGAACAUUCAAAAUCCUUACCUCAAUUAACAACAGAAGAGAGCAGUUCAUUUCAAGAAUCCAGUGCAGAAGAAAAUCAAAUGACAGAAGUGCCAUGGACAGUUUUAACAUCACUUUCUCAAUCAAGUUCAAUAACAAAGAAUAUAUUUUCGAGUCAAAGUGUAAAUGAAGACAAAACUUCUCAAGAAGAUACAAGGACACUAUCAAUUUCUGUCCCACAAUCAUUUGCAACAACCAAUAGAUUACUUACAGGUUCGAGUGCAGAAGAGCAAACAGCUCAAGAGGAAACAUCGGAACAUUCAAAAUCCUUACCUCAAUUAACAACAGAAGAGCGCAGUUCAUUACAAGAAUCCAGCGCAGAAGAAAAUCAAAUGACAGAAGUGCCAUGGACAGUUUUAACAUCACUUUCUCAAUCAAGUUCAAAAACAAAGAAUAUAUUUUCGAGUCAGAGUGUAAAUGAAGACAAAACUUCUCAAGAAGAUACAAGGACACUAUCAAUUUCUGUCCCACAAUCAAUUGCAACAGCCAAUAGUUUACUUACAGGUUCGAGUGCAGAAGAGCAAACAGCUCAAGAGGAGACAUCGGAACUUUCAAACUCCUUACCUCAAUUAACAACAGAAGAAAGCAGUUCAUUUCAAAAAUCCAGUGCAGAAGAAAAUCAAAUGACAGAAGUGCCAUGGACACUAUCAACAUCACUUUCUCAAUCAAGUUCACAAGCAAAGAAUAUAUUUUCGAGUCCGAGUUCAAAUGAAGACAACAUUUCUCAAGAAGAUACAAGGACACUACCAAUUUCUGUCCCACAAUCAAUUGCAACAGCCAAUAGUUUACUUACAGGUUCGAGUGCAGAAGAGCAAACAGCUCAAGAGGAGACAUCGGAACAUUCAAAAUCCUUACCUCAAUUAACAACAGAAGAGAGCAGUUCAUUUCAAGAAUCCAGUGCAGAAGAAAAUCAAACGACAGAAGUGCCAUGGACACUAUCAACAUCACUUUCUCAAUCAAGUUCAAAAACAAAGAAUAUAUUUUCGAGUCAGAGUGUAAAUGAAGACAAAACUUCUCAAGAAGAUACAAGGACACUAUCAAUUUCUGUCCCACAAUCAUUUGCAACAACCAAUAGAUUACUUACAGGUUCGAGUGCAGAAGAGCAAACAGCUCAAGAGGAGACAUCGGAACAUUCAAAAUCCUUACCUCAAUUAACAACAGAAGAGCGCAGUUCAUUACAAGAAUCCAGCGCAGAAGAAAAUCAAAUGACAGAAGUGCCAUGGACACUAUCAACAUCACUUUCUCAAUCAAGUUCACAAGCAAAGAACAUAUUUUCGAGUCAGAGUUUAAAUGAAGACAACAUUUCUCAAGAAGAUACAAGGACACCAUCAAUAUCUGUCCCACAAUCAAGUACAACAGCAAAUAGAUUACUUACAGGUUCGAUUGCAGAAGAGCAAACAGCUCAAGAGGAAACAUCGGAACAUUCAAAAUCCUUACCUCAAUUAACAACAGAAGAGAGCAGUUCAUUUCAAGAAUCCAGUGCAGAAGAAAAUCAAAUGACAGAAGUGCCAUGGACACUAUCAACAUCACUUUCUCAAUCAAGUUCAGAACCAAAGAAUAUAUUUUCGAGUCAGAGUUUAAAUGAAGACAACAUUUCUCAAGAAGAUACAAGGACACCAUCAAUAUCUGUCCCACAAUCAAGUACAACAGCAAAUAGAUUACUUACAGGUUCGAUUGCAAAAGAGCAAACAGCUCAAGAGGAGACAUCGGAACUUUCAAAAUCCUUACCUCAAUUAACAACAGAAGAGAGCAGUUCAUUUCAAGAAUCCAGUGUAGAAGAAAAUCAAAUGACAGAAGUGCCAUGGACACUAUCAACAUCACUUUCUCAAUCAAGUUCAGAACCAAAGAAUAUAUUUUCGAGUCCGAGUUUAUAUGAAGACAACAUUUCUCAAGAAGAUACAAGGACACUAUCAAUUUCUGUCCCACAAUCAAUUGCAACAGCCAAUAGUUUACUUACAGGUUCGAGUGCAGAAGAGCAAACAGCUCAAGAGGAGACAUCGGAACUUUCAAACUCCUUACCUCAAUUAACAACAGAAGAAAGCAGUUCAUUUCAAAAAUCCAGUGCAGAAGAAAAUCAAAUGACAGAAGUGCCAUGGACACUAUCAACAUCACUUUCUCAAUCAAGUUCACAAGCAAAGAAUAUAUUUUCGAGUCCGAGUUUAAAUGAAGACAACAUUUCUCAAGAAGAUACAAGGACACUGCCAAUUUCUGUCCCACAAUCAAUUGCAACAGCCAAUAGUUUACUUACAGGUUCGAGUGCAGAAGAGCAAACAGCUCAAGAGGAGACAUCGGAACUUUCAAACUCCUUACCUCAAUUAACAACAGAAGAAAGCAGUUCAUUUCAAGAAUCCAGUGCAGAAGAAAAUCAAACGACUAAAAUGCCAUGGACACUAUCGACAUCCCCUUCUCAAUCAAGUUCAAAAACAAAGAAUAUAUUUUCGAGUCAGAAUGUAAAAGAAGACAAAACUUUUCAAGAAGAUACAUCUAUUUCUUUUCCACAAUCAAGUACUAAAGCAAAUAGUUUUCUUACAGUUUCGAGGGUCGAUGAAAUGUCAUCGCAGUUUUCAUCUUUAGAUAUGAUAGAGCCCAUAACAAGCAGUAAACUAUCUACACAUAAUGAUUGCGAAUGCACUUGCCUAUUGGAACAAGGAAAAGACUCGUGUACCUGCAACUGUAUGACAGAUACCAAUUCUAUUGACGAAUCAAUCUUAACAGCAAGCCAAAUAGUGUCAAGCGAAGAUCUUCAGUACUCCUCAAAUCCACCUUCAUAUAAAAGUACGCAAGAAAAUACAAAUACCAAAGGAAAAAAUAAAAAUCUGUCAACAUUAUUACAAAUAUCGAGUACAGGACCGUAUCAAAUAUCAAAGCGAAUUCCUUCUUCGAGCACACUGUUCAGUGAUAUAAUAAAAAUUUCAAGCACAGACAAAGAUCACCCGACUCUUGACGAAGAAGAAAAUAUAUCAAAAUCUCCACUCCAGUUGAGUACAACUUCCAGUAGCCUACCAAAAAUACAGAUCACUGGAAUAAGCCAUUUACCCUUCCUAAGUACAAUAUCAAACAUUAAAUUUGAACAAUCAAGUUUUCAUGGCUGUGAUUGUACUUGCCAAUUGGAAAUAAGAAAGGACUCGUGUAUCUGUGAAUGCAACCUUAAAGAAAGCACAUCAGAACGCUUAAAAAGUGUUACAGCAAGUUCACUUUAUAUUUAUCUUCCGCAAUCAAGUACAACAGCACACAGUUUACUUACAGAUUUGAGUGCAGAAGAUCAAACAAAUCAAGAGGAAACAUCAGAACUUUCAAAUUCCGUACCUCAAUUAACAACAGAAGAAAGCAUUUCAUUUCAAGAAUCUAGUGCAGAACAAAAUCAAAUGACAGAAGAGCCGUGGACUCUAUCAACUUCACCUCCUCAAUCAAGUUCAAAAACAAAGAAUAUAUUUUCGAGCCAGAGUGUAAAUGAAGACAAAGUUUCUCUAGAGGAUACAAGGACACUGUCGACUUCUCAAUCAAUAACAAUAACAAAUAGUCUACUUACAGAUUUGAGUUCCGAAGAUCAAACAAAUCAAGAGGAAACAUCAGAACUUUCAGAAUCCCUACCUCAAUUAACAACAGAAGAAAUCAGUUCAUUUCAAGAAUCCAGUGCAAAGGAAAAUCAAAUGACAGAAGUGCCAUGGACACUAUCAACAUCACUUUCUCAAUCAAGUUCAAAAACAAAGAAUAUAUUUUCGAGUCAGAGUGUAAAUGAAGACAACAUUUCUCAAGAAGAUACAAGGACACCAUCAAUUUCUGUUCCACAAUCAAUUGCAACAGCCAAUAGUUUACUUACAGGUUCGAGUGCAGAAGAGCAAACAGCUCAAGAGGAGACAUCGGAACUUUCAAAAUCCUUACCUCAAUUAACAACAGAAGAGAGCAGUUCACUUCAAGAAUCCAGUGCAGAAGAAAAUGAAAUGACAGAAGUGCCAUGGACACUAUCAACAUCACUUUCUCAAUCAAGUUCAAAAACAAAGAAUAUAUUUUCGAGUCAGAGUGUAAAUGAAGACAACAUUUCUCAAGAAGAUACAAGGACACCAUCAAUUUCUGUUCCACAAUCAAUUGCAACAGCCAAUAGUUUACUUACAGGUUCGAGUGCAGAAGAGCAAACAGCUCAAGAGGAGACAUCGGAACUUUCAAAAUCCUUACCUCAAUUAACAACAGAAGAGAGCAGUUCACUUCAAGAAUCCAGUGCAGAAGAAAAUGAAAUGACAGAAGUGCCAUGGACACUAUCAACAUCACUUUCUCAAUCAAGUUCAAAAACAAAGAAUAUAUUUUCGAGUCAGAGUGUAAAUGAAGACAACAUUUCUCAAGAAGAUACAAGGACACCAUCAAUUUCUGUUCCACAAUCAAUUGCAACAGCCAAUAGUUUACUUACAGGUUCGAGUGCAGAAGAGCAAACAGCUCAAGAGGAGACAUCGGAACUUUCAAAAUCCUUACCUCAAUUAACAACAGAAGAGAGCAGUUCACUUCAAGAAUCCAGUGCAGAAGAAAAUCAAAUGACAGAAGUGCCAUGGACACUAUCAACAUCACUUUCUCAAUCAAGUUCAAAAACAAUGAAUAUAUUUUCGAGUCAGAGUGUAAAAGAAGACAAAACUUUUCAAGAAGAUACAAGGACACCAUCAAUUUCUGUCCCACAAUCAAUUGCAACAGCCAAUAGUUUACUUACAGGUUCGAGUGCAGAAGAGCAAACAGCUCAAGAGGAGACAUCGGAACUUUCAAAAUCCUUACCUCAAUUAACAACAGAAGAAAGCAGUUCAUUCCAAGAAUCCAGUGCAGAAAAAAAUCAAAUGACAGAAGUGCCAUGGACACUAUCAACAUCACUUUCUCAAUCAAGUUCAAAAACAAUGAAUAUAUUUUCGAGUCAGAAUGUAAAAGAAGACAAAACUUUUCAAGAAGAUACAAGGACACAAUCUAUUUCUUUUCCACAAUCAAGUACUAAAGCAAAUAGUUUACUUUCAGUUUCGAGGGCAGAAGAACAAUCAUCGCAGUUUUCAUCUUUAGAUAUGAUAGAGCCCAUAACAAGCAGUAAACUAUCUACACAUAAUGAUUGCGAAUGCACUUGCCUAUUGGAACAAGGAAAAGACUCUUGUACCUGCAACUGUAUGACAGAUACCAAUUCUAUUGACAAAUCAAUCUUAACAGCAAGCCAAAUAGUGUCAAGCGAAGAUCUUCAGUACUCCUCAAAUCCACUUUCAUAUAAAAGUACGCAAGAAAAUACAAAUACCAAAGGAAAAAAUAAAAAUCUGUCAACAUUAUUACAAAUUUCGAGUACUGGACCGUAUCAAAUAUCCCAAAGCGAAAUUGGAAAUCAAUCGCAAUAUGUUCCUCCUUCGAGCACACUAUUCAGUGAUAUAACCAAAAUUUCAAACACAGACAAAGAUCACCCGACUCUUGACGAAGAAGAAAAUAUAUCAAAAUCUCCACUCCAUUUGAGUAGAACUUCUAGUAGCCUACCAAAAAUACAGAUCACUGGAGUAAGCCAUUUACCCUUCCUAAGUACAAUAUCAAACAUUAAAUUUGAACAAUCAAGUUUUCAUGGCUGUGAUUGUACUUGCCAAUUGGAAAUAGGAAAAGACUCGUGUAUCUGUGAAUGCAAUCUUAAAGAAAGCACAUCAGAACGCUUAAAAAGUGUUACAGCAAGUUCACUUUAUAUUUAUCUCCCGCAAUCAAGUACAACAGCACACAGUUUACUUACAGAUUUGAGUGCAGAAAAUCAAACAAAUCAAGAGGAAACAUCAGAACUUUCAAAAUCCUUACCUCAAUUAACAACAGAAGAAAUCAGUUCAUUUCAAGAAUCCAGUGCAAAGGAAAAUCAUAUGACAGAAGAGCCGUGGACUCUAUCAACUUCACCUCGUCAAUCAAGUUCAAAAACAAAGAAUAUAUUUUCGAGCCAGAGUGUAAAUGAAGACAAAGUUUCUCUAGAGAAUACAAGGACACUUUCGACUUCUCAAUCAAUAACAAUAACAAAUAGUCUACUUACAGAUUUGAGUGCAGAAGAUCAAACAAAUCAAGAGGAAACAUCAGAACUUUCAAAUUCCGUACCUCAAUUAACAACAGAAGAAAGCAUUUCAUUUCAAGAAUCUAGUGCAAAACAAAAUCAAAUAACAGAAGAGCCGUGGACUCUAUCAACUUCACCUCCUCAAUCAAGUUCAAAAACAAAGAAUAUAUUUUCGAGUCAGAGUGUAAAUGAAGACAAAGUUUCUCUAGAGGAUACAAGGACACUUUCGACUUCUCAAUCAAUAACAAUAACAAAUAGUCUACUUACAGAUUUGAGUGCAGAAGAUCAAACAAAUCAAGAGGAAACAUCAGAACUUUCAAAUUCCGUACCUCAAUUAACAACAGAAGAAAGCAUUUCAUUUCAAGAAUCUAGUGCAGAACAAAAUCAAAUGACAGAAGAGCCGUGGACUCUAUCAACUUCACCUCCUCAAUCAAGUUCAAAAACAAAGAAUAUAUUUUCGAGUCAGAGUGUAAAUGAAGACAAAGUUUCUCUAGAGGAUACAAGGACACUGUCGAUUUCUCAAUCAAUUACAAUGACAAAUAGUCCACUUACAGAUUUGAGUGCAGAAGAUCAAACAAAUCAAGAGGAAACAUCAGAACUUUCAAAUUCCGUACCUCAAUUAACAACAGAAGAAAGCAGUUCAUUUCAAGAAUCCAGUGGAGAAGAAAAUCAUAUAACAGAAGUGCCAUGGACACUAUCAACAUCACUUUCUCAAUCAAGUUCAAAAACAAAGAAUAUAUUUUCGAGUCAGAAUGUAAAAGAAGACAAAACUUUUCAAGAAGAUACAUCUAUUUCUUUUCCACAAUCAAGUACUAAAGCAAAUAGUUUUCUUACAGUUUCGAGGGUCGAUGAAAUAUCAUCGCAGUUUUCAUCUUUAGAUAUGAUAGAGCCCAUAACAAGCAGUAAACUAUCUACACAUAAUGAUUGCGAAUGCACUUGCCUAUUGGAACAAGGAAAAGACUCGUGUACCUGCAACUGUAUGACAGAUACCAAUUCUAUUGACGAAUCAAUCUUAACAGCAAGCCAAAUAGUGUCAAGCGAAGAUCUUCAGUACUCCUCAAAUCCACCUUCAUAUAAAAGUACGCAAGAAAAUACAAAUACCAAAGGAAAAAAUAAAAAUCUGUCAACAUUAUUACAAAUAUCGAGUACAGGACCGUAUCAAAUAUCAAAGCGAAUUCCUUCUUCGAGCACACUGUUCAGUGAUAUAAUAAAAAUUUCAAGCACAGACAAAGAUCACCCGACUCUUGACGAAGAAGAAAAUAUAUCAAAAUCUCCACUCCAGUUGAGUACAACUUCUAGUAGCCUACCAAAAAUACAGAUCACUGGAAUAAGCCAUUUACCCUUCCUAAGUACAAUAUCAAACAUUAAAUUUGAACAAUCAAGUUUUCAUGGCUGUGAUUGUACUUGCCAAUUGGAAAUAAGAAAGGACUCGUGUAUCUGUGAAUGCAACCUUAAAGAAAGCACAUCAGAACGCUUAAAAAGUGUUACAGCAAGUUCACUUUAUAUUUAUCUUCCGCAAUCAAGUACAACAGCACACAGUUUACUUACAGAUUUGAGUGCAGAAAAUCAAACAAAUCAAGAGGAAACAUCAGAACUUUCAAAUUCCGUACCUCAAUUAACAACAGAAGAAAGCAUUUCAUUUCAAGAAUCUAGUGCAGAACAAAAUCAAAUGACAGAAGAGCCGUGGACUCUAUCAACUUCACCUCCUCAAUCAAGUUCAAAAACAAAGAAUAUAUUUUCGAGUCAGAGUGUAAAUGAAGACAAAGUUUCUCUAGAGGAUACAAGGACACUUUCGACUUCUCAAUCAAUAACAAUAACAAAUAGUCUACUUACAGAUUUGAGUGCAGAAGAUCAAACAAAUCAAGAGGAAACAUCAGAACUUUCAAAAUCUUUACCUCAAUUAACAACAGAAGAAAGCAUUUCAUUUCAAGAAUCUAGUGCAGAACAAAAUCAAAUGACAGAAGAGCCGUGGACUCUAUCAACUUCACCUCCUCAAUCAAGUUCAAAGACAAACAUUAUAUUUUCGAGUCAGAGUGUAAAUGAAGACAAAACUUCUCUAGAGGAUACAAGGACACUGUCGACUUCUCAAUCAAUAACAAUAACAAAUAGUCUACUUACAGAUUUGAGUGCAGAAGAUCAAACAAAUCAAGAGGAAACAUCAGAACUUUCAAAUUCCGUACCUCAAUUAACAACAGAAGAAAGCAUUUCAUUUCAAGAAUCUAGUGCAGAACAAAAUCAAAUGACAGAAGAGCCGUGGACUCUAUCAACUUCACCUCCUCAAUCAAGUUCAAAAACAAAGAAUAUAUUUUCGAGUCAGAGUGUAAAUGAAGACAAAGUUUCUCUAGAGGAUACAAGGACACUUUCGACUUCUCAAUCAAUAACAAUAACAAAUAGUCUACUUACAGAUUUGAGUGCAGAAGAUCAAACAAAUCAAGAGGAAACAUCAGAACUUUCAAAUUCCGUACCUCAAUUAACAACAGAAGAAAGCAUUUCAUUUCAAGAAUCUAGUGCAGAACAAAAUCAAAUGACAGAAGAGCCGUGGACACCAUCAACAUCUCUUCCUCAAACAAGUUCAAAGACAAACAUUACAUUUUCGAGUCAGAGUGUAAAUAAAGACAAAACUUCUCUAGAGGAUACAAGGACACUGUCGAUUUCUCAAUCAAUUACAAUGACAAAUAGUCCACUUACAGAUUUGAGUGCAGAAGAUCAAACAAAUCAAGAGGAAACAUCAGAACUUUCAAAAUCUUUACCUCAAUUAACAACAGAAGAAAGCAUUUCAUUUCAAGAAUCUAGUGCAGAACAAAAUCAAAUGACAGAAGAGCCGUGGACUCUAUCAACUUCACCUCCUCAAUCAAGUUCAAAGACAAACAUUAUAUUUUCGAGUCAGAGUGUAAAUGAAGACAAAACUUCUCUAGAGGAUACAAGGACACUGUCGACUUCUCAAUCAAUAACAAUAACAAAUAGUCUACUUACAGAUUUGAGUGCAGAAGAUCAAACAAAUCAAGAGGAAACAUCAGAACUUUCAAAUUCCGUACCUCAAUUAACAACAGAAGAAAGCAUUUCAUUUCAAGAAUCUAGUGCAGAACAAAAUCAAAUGACAGAAGAGCCGUGGACUCUAUCAACUUCACCUCCUCAAUCAAGUUCAAAAACAAAGAAUAUAUUUUCGAGUCAGAGUGUAAAUGAAGACAAAGUUUCUCUAGAGGAUACAAGGACACUUUCGACUUCUCAAUCAAUAACAAUAACAAAUAGUCUACUUACAGAUUUGAGUGCAGAAGAUCAAACAAAUCAAGAGGAAACAUCAGAACUUUCAAAUUCCGUACCUCAAUUAACAACAGAAGAAAGCAUUUCAUUUCAAGAAUCUAGUGCAGAACAAAAUCAAAUGACAGAAGAGCCGUGGACACCAUCAACAUCUCUUCCUCAAACAAGUUCAAAGACAAACAUUAUAUUUUCGAGUCAGAGUGUAAAUGAAGACAAAACUUCUCUAGAGGAUACAAGGACACUGUCGACUUCUCAAUCAAUAACAAUAACAAAUAGUCUACUUACAGAUUUGAGUUCCGAAGAUCAAACAAAUCAAGAGGAAACAUCAGAACUUUCAAAAUCUUUACCUCAAUUAACAACAGAAGAAAGCAUUUCAUUUCAAGAAUCUAGUGCAGAACAAAUUCAAAUGACAGAAGAGCCGUGGACUCUAUCAACUUCACCUCCUCAAUCAAGUUCAAAGACAAACAUUAUAUUUUCGAGUCAGAGUGUAAAUGAAGACAAAACUUCUCUAGAGGAUACAAGGACACUGUCGACUUCUCAAUCAAUAACAAUAACAAAUAGUCUACUUACAGAUUUGAGUUCCGAAGAUCAAACAAAUCAAGAGGAAACAUCAGAACUUUCAAAAUCUUUACCUCAAUUAACAACAGAAGAAAGCAUUUCAUUUCAAGAAUCUAGUGCAGAAGAAAAUCAAAUGACAGAAGAGCCGUGGACUCUAUCAACAUCACCUGCUCAAUCAAGUUCAAAAACAAAGAAUAUAUUUUCGAGUCAGAGUGUAAAUGAAGACAAAACUUCUCUAGAGGAUACAAGGACACUGUUGACUUCUCAAUCAAUAACAAUAACAAAUAGUCUCCUUACAGAAUUGAGUGCAGAAGAUCAAACAAAUCAAGAGGAAACAUCAGAACUUUCAAAUUCCUUACCUCAAUUAACAACAGAAGAAAGCAUUUCAUUUCAAGAAUCUAGUGCAGAACAAAAUCAAAUGACAGAAGAGCCGUGGACUCUAUCAACUUCACCUCCUCAAUCAAGUUCAAAGACAAACAUUAUAUUUUCGAGUCAGAGUGUAAAUGAAAACAAAACUUCUCUAGAGGAUACAAGGACACUGUCGACUUCUCAAUCAAUAACAAUAACAAAUAGUCUACUUACAGAUUUGAGUGCAGAAGAUCAAACAAAUCAAGAGGAAACAUCAGAACUUUCAAAUUCCGUACCUCAAUUAACAACAGAAGAAAGCAUUUCAUUUCAAGAAUCUAUUGCAGAACAAAAUCAAAUGACAGAAGAGCCGUGGACUCUAUCAACUUCACCUCCUCAAUCAAGUUCAAAGACAAACAUUAUAUUUUCGAGUCAGAGUGUAAAUGAAAACAAAACUUCUCUAGAGGAUACAAGGACACUGUCGACUUCUCAAUCAAUAACAAUAACAAAUAGUCUACUUACAGAUUUGAGUGCAGAAGAUCAAACAAAUCAAGAGAAAACAUCAGAACUUUCAAAUUCCGUACCUCAAUUAACAACAGAAGAAAGCAUUUCAUUUCAAGAAUCUAGUGCAGAACAAAAUCAAAUGACAGAAGAGCCGUGGACACUAUCAACAUCUCUUCCUCAAACAAGUUCAAAGACAAACAUUACAUUUUCGAGUCAGAGUGUAAAUGAAGACAAAACUUCUCUAGAGGAUACAAGGACACUGUCGAUUUCUCAAUCAAUUACAAUGACAAAUAGUCCACUUACAGAUUUGAGUGCAGAAGAUCAAACAAAUCAAGAGGAAACAUCAGAACUUUCAAAAUCUUUACCUCAAUUAACAACAGAAGAAAGCAUUUCAUUUCAAGAAUCUAGUGCAGAACAAAAUCAAAUGACAGAAGAGCCGUGGACACCAUCAACAUCUCUUCCUCAAUCAAGUUCAAAGACAAACAAUAUAUUUUCGAGUCAGAGUGUAAAUGAAGACAAAACUUCUCUAGGGGAUACAAGGACACUGUCGAUUUCUCAAUCAAGAGAAAUAACAAAUAGUCUACUUACAGAUUUGAGUGCAGAAGAUCAAACAAAUCAAGAGGAAACAUCAGAACUUUCAAAAUCUUUACCUCAAUUAACAACUGAAGAAAGUAUUUCAUUUCAAGAAUCUAGUGCAGAACAAAAUCAAAUGACAGAAGAGCCGUGGACACUAUCAACAUGUCUUCCUCAAACAAGUUCAAAGACAAACAUUACAUUUUCGAGUCAGAGUGUAAAUGAAGACAAAACUUCUCUAGAGGAUACAAGGACACUGUCGAUUUCUCAAUCAAUUACAAUGACAAAUAGUCCACUUACAGAUUUGAGUGCAGAAGAUCAAACAAAUCAAGAGGAAACAUCAGAACUUUCAAAAUCUUUACCUCAAUUAACAACAGAAGAAAGCAUUUCAUUUCAAGAAUCUAGUGCAGAACAAAAUCAAAUGACAGAAGAGCCGUGGACACUAUCAACAUCUCUUCCUCCAAUCAAGUUCCAAAAGACAAAACAAUAUAUUUUUCGAGUCAAGAGUGAAGAAAGCAUUUCAUUUCAAGAAUCUAGUGCAGAACAAAAUCAAAUGACAGAAAAGCCGUGGACACCAUCAACAUCUCUUCCUCAAUCAAGUUCAAAGACAAACAAUAUAUUUUCGAGUCAGAGUGUAAAUGAAGACAAAACUUCUCUAGGGGAUACAAGGACACUGUCGAUUUCUCAAUCAAGAGAAAUAACAAAUAGUCUACUUACAGAUUUGAGUGCAGAAGAUCAAACAAAUCAAGAGGAAACAUCAGAACUUUCAAAAUCUUUACCUCAAUUAACAACAGAAGAAAGCAUUUCAUUUCAAGAAUCUAGUGCAGAACAAAAUCAAAUGACAGAAGAGCCGUGGACACUAUCAACAUCUCUUUCUCAAACAAGUUCAAAGACAAACAAUAUAUUUUCGAGUCAGAGUGUAAAUGAAGACAAAACUUCUCUAGGGGAUACAAGGACACUGUCGAUUUCACAAUCAAUUACAAUGACAAAUAGUCCACUUACAGAUUUGAGUGCAGAAGAUCAAACAAAUCAAGAGGAAACAUCAGAACUUUCAAAAUCUUUACCUCAAUUAACAACAGCAGAAAGCAUUUCAUUUCAAGAAUCUAGUGCAGAACAAAAUCAAAUGACAGAAGAGCCGUGGACACUAUCAACAUCUCUUCCUCAAACAAGUUCAAAGACAAACAUUACAUUUUCGAGUCAGAGUGUAUAUGAAGACAAAACUUCUCUAGAGGAUACAAGGACACUGUCGAUUUCUCAAUCAAUUACAAUGACAAAUAGUCCACUUACAGAUUUGAGUGCAGAAGAUCAAACAAAUCAAGAGGAAACAUCAGAACUUUCAAAAUCUUUACCUCAAUUAACAACAGAAGAAAGCAUUUCAUUUCAAGAAUCUAGUGCAGAACAAAAUCAAAUGACAGAAGAGCCGUGGACACUAUCAACAUCUCUUCCUCAAACAAGUUCAAAGACGAACAUUACAUUUUCGAGUCAGAGUGUAAAUGAAGACAAAACUUCUCUAGAGGAUACAAGGACACUGUCGAUUUCUCAAUCAAUUACAAUGACAAAUAGUCCACUUACAGAUUUGAGUGCAGAAGAUCAAACAAAUCAAGAGGAAACAUCAGAACUUUCAAAAUCUUUACCUCAAUUAACAACAGAAGAAAGCAUUUCAUUUCAAGAAUCUAGUGCAGAACAAAAUCAAAUGACAGAAGGAGGCCGUGGACACUUAUCAACAUCUCUUCCUCAAACAAGUUCAAAGACAAACAUUACAUUUUCGAGUCAGAGUGUAUAUGAAGACAAAACUUCUCUAGAGGAUACAAGGACACUGUCGAUUUCUCAAUCAAUUACAAUGACAAAUAGUCCACUUACAGAUUUGAGUGCAGAAGAUCAAACAAAUCAAGAGGAAACAUCAGAACUUUCAAAAUCUUUACCUCAAUUAACAACAGAAGAAAGCAUUUCAUUUCAAGAAUCUAGUGCAGAACAAAAUCAAAUGACAGAAGAGCCGUGGACACUAUCAACAUCUCUUCCUCAAACAAGUUCAAAGACAAACAUUACAUUUUCGAGUCAGAGUGUAAAUGAAGACAAAACUUCUCUAGAGGAUACAAGGACACUGUCGAUUUCUCAAUCAAUUACAAUGACAAAUAGUCCACUUACAGAUUUGAGUGCAGAAGAUCAAACAAAUCAAGAGGAAACAUCAGAACUUUCAAAAUCUUUACCUCAAUUAACAACAGCAGAAAGCAUUUCAUUUCAAGAAUCUAGUGCAGAACAAAAUCAAAUGACAGAAGAGCCGUGGACACUAUCAACAUCUCUUCCUCAAACAAGUUCAAAGACAAACAUUACAUUUUCGAGUCAGAGUGUAUAUGAAGACAAAACUUCUCUAGAGGAUACAAGGACACUGUCGAUUUCUCAAUCAAUUACAAUGACAAAUAGUCCACUUACAGAUUUGAGUGCAGAAGAUCAAACAAAUCAAGAGGAAACAUCAGAACUUUCAAAAUCUUUACCUCAAUUAACAACAGAAGAAAGCAUUUCAUUUCAAGAAUCUAGUGCAGAACAAAAUCAAAUGACAGAAGAGCCGUGGACACUAUCAACAUCUCUUCCUCAAACAAGUUCAAAGACAAACAUUACAUUUUCGAGUCAGAGUGUAAAUGAAGACAAAACUUCUCUAGAGGAUACAAGGACACUGUCGAUUUCUCAAUCAAUAACAAUGACAAAUAGUCCACUUACAGAUUUGAGUGCAGAAGAUCAAACAAAUCAAGAGGAAACAUCAGAACUUUCAAAAUCUUUACCUCAAUUAACAACAGAAGAAAGCAUUUCAUUUCAAGAAUCUAGUGCAGAACAAAAUCAAAUGACAGAAAAGCCGUGGACACCAUCAACAUCUCUUCCUCAAUCAAGUUCAAAGACAAACAAUAUAUUUUCGAGUCAGAGUGUAAAUGAAGACAAAACUUCUCUAGGGGAUACAAGGACACCGUCGAUUUCUCAAUCAAGAGCAAUAACAAAUAGUCUACUUACAGAUUUGAGUGCAGAAGAUCAAACAAAUCAAGAGGAAACAUCAGAACUUUCAAAAUCUUUACCUCAAUUAACAACAGAAGAAAGCAUUUCAUUUCAAGAAUCUAGUGCAGAACAAAAUCAAAUGACAGAAGAGCCGUGGACACUAUCAACAUCUCUUUCUCAAACAAGUUCAAAGACAAACAAUAUAUUUUCGAGUCAGAGUGUAUAUGAAGACAAAACUUCUCUAGAGGAUACAAGGACACUGUCGAUUUCUCAAUCAAUAACAAUAACAAAUAGUCUACUUACAGAUUUGAGUGCAGAAGAUCAAACAAAUCAAGAGGAAACAUCAGAACUUUCAAAAUCUUUACCUCAAUUAACAACAGAAGAAAGCAUUUCAUUUCAAGAAUCUAGUGCAGAACAAAAUCAAAUGACAGAAGAGCCGUGGACACUAUCAACAUCUCUUCCUCAAACCAAGUUCAAAGACAAACAUUACAUUUUCGAGUCAGAUCCACUUACAGAUUUGAGUGCAGAAGAUCAAACAAAUCAAGAGGAAACAUCAGAACUUUCAAAAUCUUUACCUCAAUUAACAACAGAAGAAAGCAUUUCAUUUCAAGAAUCUAGUGCAGAACAAAAUCAAAUGACAGAAGAGCCGUGGACACUAUCAACAUCUCUUCCUCAAACAAGUUCAAAGACAAACAUUACAUUUUCGAGUCAGAGUGUAAAUGAAGACAAAACUUCUCUAGAGGAUACAAGGACACUGUCGAUUUCUCAAUCAAUAACAAUGACAAAUAGUCCACUUACAGAUUUGAGUGCAGAAGAUCAAACAAAUCAAGAGGAAACAUCAGAACUUUCAAAAUCUUUACCUCAAUUAACAACAGAAGAAAGCAUUUCAUUUCAAGAAUCUAGUGCAGAACAAAAUCAAAUGACAGAAGAGCCGUGGACACCAUCAACAUCUCUUCCUCAAACAAGUUCAAAGACAAACAUUACAUUUUCGAGUCAGAGUGUAUAUGAAGACAAAACUUCUCUAGAGGAUACAAGGACACUUUCGAUUUCUCAAUCAAUAGCAAUGACAAAUAGUCCACUUACAGAUUUGAGUGCAGAAGAUCAAACAAAUCAAGAGGAAACAUCAGAACUUUCAAAAUCUUUACCUCAAUUAACAACAGAAGAAAGCAUUUCAUUUCAAGAAUCUAGUGCAGAACAAAAUCAAAUGACAGAAGAGCCGUGGACACUAUCAACAUCUCUUCCUCAAACAAGUUCAAAGACAAACAAUACAUUUUCGAGUCAGAGUGUAAAUGAAGACAAAACUUCUCUAGAGGAUACAAGGACACUGUCGAUUUCUCAAUCAAUUACAAUGACAAAUAGUCCACUUACAGAUUUGAGUGCAGAAGAUCAAACAAAUCAAGAGGAAACAUCAGAACUUUCAAAAUCUUUACCUCAAUUAACAACAGAAGAAAGCAUUUCAUUUCAAGAAUCUAGUCCACUUACAGAUUUGAGUGCAGAAGAUCAAACAAAUCAAGAGGAAACAUCAGAACUUUCAAAAUCUUUACCUCAAUUAACAACAGAAGAAAGCAUUUCAUUUCAAGAAUCUAGUGCAGAACAAAAUCAAAUGACAGAAGAGCCGUGGACACUAUCAACAUCUCUUCCUCAAACAAGUUCAAAGACAAACAUUACAUUUUCGAGUCAGAGUGUAUAUGAAGACAAAACUUCUCUAGAGGAUACAAGGACACUGUCGAUUUCUCAAUCAAUUACAAUGACAAAUAGUCCACUUACAGAUUUGAGUGCAGAAGAUCAAACAAAUCAAGAGGAAACAUCAGAACUUUCAAAAUCUUUACCUCAAUUAACAACAGAAGAAAGCAUUUCAUUUCAAGAAUCUAGUGCAGAACAAAAUCAAAUGACAGAAGAGCCGUGGACACUAUCAACAUCUCUUCCUCAAACAAGUUCAAAGACAAACAUUACAUUUUCGAGUCAGAGUGUAAAUGAAGACAAAACUUCUCUAGAGGAUACAAGGACACUGUCGAUUUCUCAAUCAAUUACAAUGACAAAUAGUCCACUUACAGAUUUGAGUGCAGAAGAUCAAACAAAUCAAGAGGAAACAUCAGAACUUUCAAAAUCUUUACCUCAAUUAACAACAGAAGAAAGCAUUUCAUUUCAAGAAUCUAGUGCAGAACAAAAUCAAAUGACAGAAGAGCCGUGGACACUAUCAACAUCUCUUCCUCAAACAAGUUCAAAGACAAACAUUACAUUUUCGAGUCAGAGUGUAAAUGAAGACAAAACUUCUCUAGAGGAUACAAGGACACUGUCGAUUUCUCAAUCAAUAACAAUGACAAAUAGUCCACUUACAGAUUUGAGUGCAGAAGAUCAAACAAAUCAAGAGGAAACAUCAGAACUUUCAAAAUCUUUACCUCAAUUAACAACGGAAGAAAGCAUUUCAUUUCAAGAAUCUAGUGCAGAACAAAAUCAAAUGACAGAAGAGCCGUGGACACUAUCAACAUCUCUUUCUCAAACAAGUUCAAAGACAAACAUUAUAUUUUCGAGUCAGAGUGUAAAUGAAGACAAAACUUCUCUAGGGAAUACAAGGACACUGUCGAUUUCUCAAUCAAUAACAAUGACAAAUAGUCCACUUACAGAUUUGAGUGCAGAAGAUCAAACAAAUCAAGAGGAAGCAUCAGAACUUUCAAAAUCUUUACCUCAAUUAACAACAGAAGAAAGCAUUUCAUUUCAAGAAUCUAGUGCAGAACAAAAUCAAAUGACAGAAGAGCCGUGGACACUAUCAACAUCUCUUCCUCAAACAAGUUCAAAGACAAACAUUAUAUUUUCGAGUCAGAGUGUAAAUGAAGACAAAACUUCUCUAGGAGAUACAAGGACACUGUCGAUUUCUCAAUCAAUAACAAUAACAAAUAGUCUCCUUACAGAUUUGAGUGCAGAAGAUCAAACAAAUCAAGAGGAAACAUCAGAACUUUCAAAAUCUUUACCUCAAUUAACAACAGAAGAAAGCAUUUCAUUUCAAGAAUCUAGUGCAGAACAAAAUCAAAUGACAGAAGAGCCGUGGACACUAUCAACAUCUCUUCCUCAAACAAGUUCAAAGACAAACAUUAUAUUUUCGAGUCAGAGUGUAAAUGAAGACAAAACUUCUCUAGAGGAUACAAGGACACUGUCGAUUUCUCAAUCAAUAACAAUGACAAAUAGUCCACUUACAGAUUUGAGUGCAGAAGAUCAAACAAAUCAAGAGGAAACAUCAGAACUUUCAAAAUCUUUACCUCAAUUAACAACAGAAGAAAGCAUUUCAUUUCAAGAAUCUAGUGCAGAACAAAAUCAAAUGACAGAAGAGCCGUGGACACUAUCAACAUCUCUUCCUCAAUCAAGUUCAAAGACAAACAAUAUAUUUUCGAGUCAGAGUGUAAAUGAAGACAAAACUUCUCUAGGGGAUACAAGGACACUGUCGAUUUCUCAAUCAAGAGAAAUAACAAAUAGUCUACUUACAGAUUUGAGUGCAGAAGAUCAAACAAAUCAAGAGGAAACAUCAGAACUUUCAAAAUCUUUACCUCAAUUAACAACAGCAGAAAGCAUUUCAUUUCAAGAAUCUAGUGCAGAACAAAAUCAAAUGACAGAAGAGCCGUGGACACUAUCAACAUCUCUUCCUCAAACAAGUUCAAAGACAAACAUUACAUUUUCGAGUCAGAGUGUAUAUGAAGACAAAACUUCUCUAGAGGAUACAAGGACACUGUCGAUUUCUCAAUCAAUUACAAUGACAAAUAGUCCACUUACAGAUUUGAGUGCAGAAGAUCAAACAAAUCAAGAGGAAACAUCAGAACUUUCAAAAUCUUUACCUCAAUUAACAACAGAAGAAAGCAUUUCAUUUCAAGAAUCUAGUGCAGAACAAAAUCAAAUGACAGAAAAGCCGUGGACACCAUCAACAUCUCUUCCUCAAACAAGUUCAAAGACAAACAUUACAUUUUCGAGUCAGAGUGUAUAUGAAGACAAAACUUCUCUAGAGGAUACAAGGACACUGUCGAUUUCUCAAUCAAGAGAAAUAACAAAUAGUCUACUUACAGAUUUGAGUGCAGAAGAUCAAACAAAUCAAGAGGAAACAUCAGAACUUUCAAAAUCUUUACCUCAAUUAACAACAGCAGAAAGCAUUUCAUUUCAAGAAUCUAGUGCAGAACAAAAUCAAAUGACAGAAGAGCCGUGGACACUAUCAACAUCUCUUCCUCAAACAAGUUCAAAGACAAACAUUACAUUUUCGAGUCAGAGUGUAUAUGAAGACAAAACUUCUCUAGAGGAUACAAGGACACUGUCGAUUUCUCAAUCAAUUACAAUGACAAAUAGUCCACUUACAGAUUUGAGUGCAGAAGAUCAAACAAAUCAAGAGGAAACAUCAGAACUUUCAAAAUCUUUACCUCAAUUAACAACAGAAGAAAGCAUUUCAUUUCAAGAAUCUAGUGCAGAACAAAAUCAAAUGACAGAAGAGCCGUGGACACUAUCAACAUCUCUUCCUCAAACAAGUUCAAAGACAAACAUUACAUUUUCGAGUCAGAGUGUAAAUGAAGACAAAACUUCUCUAGAGGAUACAAGGACACUGUCGAUUUCUCAAUCAAUUACAAUGACAAAUAGUCUACUUACAGAUUUGAGUGCAGAAGAUCAAACAAAUCAAGAGGAAACAUCAGAACUUUCAAAAUCUUUACCUCAAUUAACAACAGAAGAAAGCAUUUCAUUUCAAGAAUCUAGUGCAGAACAAAAUCAAAUGACAGAAGAGCCGUGGACACUAUCAACAUCUCUUCCUCAAUCAAGUUCAAAGACAAACAAUAUAUUUUCGAGUCAGAGUGUAAAUGAAGACAAAACUUCUCUAGAGGAUACAAGGACACUUUCGACUUCUCAACCAAUAACAAUAACAAAUAGUCCACUUACAGAUUUGAGUGCAGAAGAUCAAACAAAUCAAGAGGAAACAUCAGUACUUUCAAAAUCUUUACCUCAAUUAACAACAGAAGAAAGCAUUUCAUUUCAAGAAUCUAGUGCAGAACAAAAUCAAAUGACAGAAGAGCCGUGGACUCUAUCAACAUCACCUCCUCAAUCAAGUUCAAAAACAAAGAAUAUAUUUUCGAGUCAGAGUGUAAAUGAAGAAAAAACUUCUCUAGAGGAUACAAGGACACUGUCGAUUUCUCAAUCAAGAGCAAUAACAAAUAGUCUACUUACAGAUUUGAGUGCAGAAGAUCAAACAAAUAAAGAGGAAAUAUCAGAACUUUCAAAAUCUUUACCUCAAUUAACAACAGAAGAAAGCAUUUCAUUUCAAGAAUCUAGUGCAGAACAAAAUCAAAUGACAGAAGAACCGUGGACACUAUCAACAUCACCUCCUCAAUCAAGUUCAAAUACUAUUAAAACUACGGAAACUUCGGAAGAACCGCUUUGUUUGUGUACAUGCGUAAUUGAUCCUGAUGAGGAUAUUUGCUCGUGCAAUUGCAAAAUUACAAAAAGUAUACCGACAGGAAGAACCACUUCAAAGCAUUCUCAGUGGGAUGGUUCUUCUACGAAGGCGCUCGGGCUUGAUGGGACAGAAGACCAAAAAACUUUUGACGCUACACAGAACUCUAUGACCAUCGGACUUUUGUCUAAGGAACCCACACAAACCCUUACAUUUUCAAAGUUAAGCACCACACAAAUUAUUACUGAGAAGAGCACAUCCAAUAAUUUAUCGGUGCAUUCUAAUAUUGAUAAGUCAACAAUAUCAACUCAGCCAUAUUUUGAUACAGACACUACCAAGUACUCCACAUCCGUCGGAGUUUUGUCUGAGGAAAGUUCAAAGUUAACCAAACAAAAUAUAACCGAAGAAAUCACAACUAAUAUCUUAUCGUUGCCUUCUAAUAUUGCUACGUCAACAACAUUAACUCAGCCACAUUCUGAUACGGACAAAACAGAAGCAAUACAAAACCAAACAACUGCUGGUCACACUACGCAGGACUCUUCAGUCGUUGGACUUUUGUCUAAGGAACCCACACAAACCCUUACAUUUUCAAAGUUAAGCCCCACACAAAUUAUUACUGAGAAGAGCACAACCAAUAAUUUAUCGGUGCAUUCUAAUAUUGAUAAGUCAACAAUAUCAACUCAGCCAUAUUUUGAUACAGACACUACCAAGUACUCCACAUCCGUCGGAGUUUUGUCUGAGGAAAGUUCAAAGUUAACCAAACAAAAUAUAACCGAAGAAAUCACAACUAAUAUCUUAUCGUUGCCUUCUAAUAUUGCUACGUCAACAACAUUAACUCAGCCACAUUCUGAUACGGACAAAACAGAAGCAAUACAAAACCAAACAACUGCUGGUCACACUACGCAGGACUCUUCAGUCAUUGGACUUUUGUCUAAGGAACCCACACAAACCCUUACAUUUUCAAAGUUAAGCCCCACACAAAUUAUUACUGAGAAGAGCACAUCCAAUAAUUUAUCGGUGCAUUCUAAUAUUGAUAACUCAACAAUAUCAACUCAGCCAUAUUUUGAUACAGACACUACCAAGUACUCCACAUCCGUCGGAGUUUUGUCUGAGGAAAGUUCAAAGUUAACCAAACAAAAUAUAACCGAAGAAAUCACAACUAAUAUCUUAUCGUUGCCUUCUAAUAUUGCUACGUCAACAACAUUAACUCAGCCACAUUCUGAUACGGACAAAACAGAAGCAAUACAAAACCAAACAACUGCUGGUCACACUACGCAGGACUCUUCAGUCAUUGGACUUUUGUCUAAGGAACCCACACAAACCCUUACAUUUUCAAAGUUAAGCCCCACACAAAUUAUUACUGAGAAGAGCACAACCAAUAAUUUAUCGGUGCAUUCUAAUAUUGAUAACUCAACAAUAUCAACUCAGCCAUAUUUUGAUACAGACACUACCAAGUACUCCACAUCCGUCGGAGUUUUGUCUGAGGAAAGUUCAAAGUUAACCAAACAAAAUAUAACCGAAGAAAUCACAACUAAUAUCUUAUCGUUGCCUUCUAAUAUUGCUACGUCAACAACAUUAACUCAGCCACAUUCUGAUACGGACAAAACAGAAACAAUACAAAACCAAACAACUGCUGGUCACACUACGCAGGACUCUUCAGUCAUUGGACUUUUGUCUAAGGAACCCACACAAACCCUUACAUUUUCAAAGUUAAGCCCCACACAAAUUAUUACUGAGAAGAGCACAUCCAAUAAUUUAUCGGUGCAUUCUAAUAUUGAUAACUCAACAAUAUCAACUCAGCCAUAUUUUGAUACAGACACUACCAAGUACUCCACAUCCGUCGGAGUUUUGUCUGAGGCAAGUUCAAAGUUAACCAAACAAAAUAUAACCGAGAAGAGCACAACUAAUAUCUUAUCGUUGCCAUCUAAUAUUGCUACGUCAACAACAUUAACUCAGCCACAUUUCUAUACGGACAAAACAGAAACAACAGGAAACCAAACAAGUACAGAGCACACUUCAAAGUACUCUACAACUGUCGAAUUUUUGUCUAAGGAACAAACAAGUAUAAUUCCUACAUUUUCAAAGUUAGAACCGACCGAGCACAUCAGCAACAAUAAAAAAUUUACUUCAAAUGGCACAACCGAAUAUGUGAUAUCUCAAUCGAAUAAUAAGACUUAUAGUGAUAGCCAAUUGAUCUCGACAACUGAAAAUCUUAUACUUACAGCAAGCUCACAGCCCACAGAUGUAAAUGUGUGGAAAGAAAUCGACAAAAGACUUGAUGACCUACAAAAUAAGUAUACGAUUCGAGAUAACAACUCUUUAGAUAAUUCUGAGUUUAAGGAAAAGUUUAGUCAGAUUAAUUCGUCGAUACAUUUGAAUCAACUUCCGGGUAAUAUUAGAGCUAGUCUGUACGCAAAUUUCACGAUUUACGACAAGAUAAGAAUCGAACUGGAAGCCAUCAUUUUAUUUAAGCUCAACCAAAUUUUGGAAAAUUUGAAGGCAACGAAAUCGACACCAGCGUGCAUUGAUCAUUAUAAAUAUAUAGCCAAAAAUCUAGUUACGAGCUUGGCUAUGUCAAAUACCGAAAAGUGGAACGUAAUAAGAAAAAGUCACCUAAUAUGUCAUAUAACUCAGAAUACAACAGUCACAAAGCCAUCAUUGCCACCCACUACUCAAACUUCCACAGUGUCAAAAACUAUGGGAGGAUUUGCUGCAUAUUAUUGUAAUCAACAAAUAAUGAAUUUAGUCGUUAUAAAGUAUUCUCUGAGCCCAAACAAUGAAACGAUUCCAAUUUCACCAAAGGACCCGUGCACUUCAAUACUACAAAAAAUUAGUCAAGCUCAUCAGCAUAAUGAUUCCAGUCACAGUGCAGAAUUUGACAACAUAAUUGGAAAGAUAAACACAGCAAUCAAAGAGGAUUGGAUAACUAAUAAAAAAGCGCUAUUAAUAAGGGAGUACUUGGAAUUUGAAAAAUUGCGAAAAUAUCUCGAUCAUAUUUUGGCUGGAAAAAUUGAGGAAUGCGAUAUGCGCCUUGCAGUAGUUAAAAGUAGAAAGUGUUGGAACUAUUACACAAAACUGAAAGUGAUGUUCCAUAAGGCAAUGCAAGAGACGAGUGCCAGAAAACAGUAUUUAAUAGGUAAUAUAUCAAUGGUAUGCAGUGAUAACAUCGUGUGAACAGAUAAUUUGUAAAUGUGAAAACAAAUAAAAUGGCUUAUGAAUUG